GCCUCCUCUUCCGGUGAGAGAUUUUUGGUAGAGGAAAUGGCGCCGUUGAAUGUGUUGACCGUGUUUCCAGUGCAGCCUCGGACCGUGUGAGCCAGAGGCGCCCCGAGUCCGCCGCUCACCCCAUGUCACUGCAGUGCACUUUAUCUACAUGAGGUGAGUCCGUGCAGGGGACGCCAUUAAUCCACCCUUCCCGCUAGCACCGUGCAGCAUUUAAUACUGCGGAGAGGGCUGCCGGGACCUGCACCCCCCCCUGACCCCUGCACCCCCCUGCCCUGUACCCCCGGGACCUGCACCACCCCCCGGACCUGCACCCCUCCCCCGGGACCUGCACCUCCUGGACCUACACCACCCUGACCUGUACCCCCCACCCCCGGACCUGCACCCCCGGGACCCACCUCCCGGACCUGCACCCCCCUGCCCUGUACCCCCUGACCUGCACCACCCCCGGACCUGCACCUCCCCCGGGACCUGCACCCCUCCCCCGGGCCUGCACCCACCCCACCUGCCCUGCAACACCCCCCGGACCUGCACCCCCGGACUUGCACCCCCGGACCUGCACCCCUCCCCCGGACUUGCACCCCCGGACUUGCAACACCACCCUCCACCUGCCCUGAACUCCCCCUGGACCUGAACUCCCCCGGGACCUGCACCCCUGCCCUGCACCACCCCCCGCCCUGUACCCCUCCCCCCCGCAGCCCACAAAGGGUUAAUGCACCCAGAGGGUAUGGAUAAUACUCCGCAAAGGGUUAAUGCACUAACAGGGUAACGUUAAUACCCCCACUGCCCACAAAGGGUUAAUGCACUAACAGGGUAACGUUAAUACCCCCACUGCCCACAAAGGGUUAAUGUACUAACAGGGUAACGUUAAUACCCCCACUGCCCACAAAGGGUUAAUGCACUAACAGGGUAACGUUAAUACCCCCACUGCCCACAAAGGGUUAAUGCACUAACAGGGUAACGUUAGUACCCCCGCAGCCCACAAAGGGUUAAUGCACUAACAGGGUGACGUUAGUACCCCCGCAGCCCACAAAGGGUUAAUGCACUAACAGGGUGACGUUAGUACCCCCGCAGCCCACAAAGGGUUAAUGCACUAACAGGGUGACGUUAAUACCCCCACUGCCCACAAAGGGUUAAUGCACUAACAGGGUAACGUUAAUACCCCCACUGCCCAUAAAGGGUUAAUGCACUAACAGGGUAACGUUAAUACCCCCACUGCCCACAAAGGGUUAAUGCACUAACAGGGUAACCUUAAUACCCCCACUGCCCACAAAGUGUUAAGGCACCCAGAAGGUAACGUUAAUACCCUCACUGCCCACAAAGGGUUAAUGCACCCACAGGAUAACGUGAAACACCACCUUCCCACCCCUUUUCAGACUUAACCUUGUCAUCAGGGGUUAAUACAAUCCACUCGGGGCGAAUUGGGCACAUUCUAAUUUUUGGGCAUCCUUUAUUGCCCAGUUUGUUAUUGUAGCUGUGUAUGUAUAUAUUAAUUAGUCAGUAGGUAUAUGAGGCUGAAAGGUUUAACUUCUAUUUGUUAGUAUUAUUUUUUUUACUGUGUGUAUCAACACACAGAUCUCAGGAGGUUAAUAACCAGUCCUCCUUCCCCAGUGAAGUGUGAGCUUCAUAUAUAACACCAUAGGUUUCAUUGGCCCAUGCUUAUUUAAUGUUUAUCGUCUGGUGAUCCAAUGGAUCUCCGUAUAGAGUUUAGACCAACCCUAAAUAGAAAAAGCAAAAAAUAAAUAUACAUCUUAUGGGUACUAGAGAGCAAGCAAAAGGUUAAAUCAUGGGAGGCCAAAUGGGUGUGGGAUAUGUAGGGAAUAUGUCGUUUUACAACAGCUGGAGGUUUACCUUUUGGCCAUUUGGGUUUAUGAUCUUUUUGUGUGCAUUCAUAGCAGGUAACUGGGUAAUCUGCUGCAGUGAAUGCACUCCUUUACACCCCUUUUGGGUUUUUCUCCUAUGUGUAAAGUGUGUCCUGUUAGACUACUGAAUGCAUAUAUGUGAUGUGUUGCUUCUGUGUUAGCCUGUAUUUAUCCCUUUUAAAAAUUAUUUAGUUGACUGGAACAUGAAGAGCAAAAUACAUAUUUCACGACAACCUAUUAAGAUCUUACAAUGUAGUUCUUUGCCCACAUAUAAUGUGGAUGGAUGCAUUACUGAAAUCUGUUAGAGGGUGGAAGCAAUCUUGUUUUUGGAUUAUUCAUUAAACACAGUUUUGAAAAACAAUCUGCAAAAAUAUUUGCAAAUCAGUUGUUGCCUACAUUUUAUUAGGUUCUGUAAUCAGUACAAUUUCUUGUUUAGCGAGUAAACCCUAAAAUUAAAAUGUAUUCCAUAGUGUGAGAUUUUAGUAUAUUUGUUUUCCUGAUUUCUUGAGUCUACACAUUCUGUUCAUUUACCCAUAGAAUAAUGUAUCUAUAAGUCAAAGUGUAAAGUAGCUCUUGGAUUGUAAAGUCAGUACAGAUGACCCUGUAAUGAAGUAGCCUUUUCCUGGUUCUAUUAUAGCAUGAUUAUGUGCAGGCAUGUUUACACUAGCAGAGUUAUGUAACAUUGUUUAAUAUUUAUGGUCAGCAACAUAUCUAGGUAUGUAAUUGGCAAAGCAGGAAUGUCCUGCACAAAAAGCGUACAAUUGAGAAUAUUUUUUUCCCUAAUCACCUUACUGUUGAGCAUGAUUAGCGUUUGUAACGGGCUCCCCUGUCUUUAUAAAGACAUGCCUCUAAUUGCUGUAGCACUGGGUGUGUUUGGCUAAGUCUGCUCAGUAUGCUUUCAAUAGUCCCCCCAAAAAUGAAAAGGUUUUUUUUUUAUUUUUUUUAUUAUUUGAUCAUUGUAGUAACACUUUCACUGCCACUAGGGGCUACAAAUCUAGAUAGUCUGUAGUCUAGAUAGUCUGUAGUGUUGCAAUAAACUGCAGGCAACUGUCCUGAUGUCUGUCUAAUGACAAGUGCCAUGAUGCUCAGCAAUUGUCCUAAAAUUGAGGCUUGUAUAUGUGGUUGUGAGCUAUGCUGGCUUCCACUGAUCUGUAGGUUAACAUAUUUUGUUCUUUUAAUGUGAACACACAGCACAUUAUUUUAUAGUUGGUUAAGACUUUGUAACUGCAUGUGCCUGUUAGGGAUACAUUAAAGGGACACUCCAGACACCAAAGCAAAUUCAUCUAAAUUAAGUUGUUAUGGUGCCUGAAAGGCACACUUUCCUUAAGGGGUUAAACUGCUCUUGAGCGGUUUAAUCUCGAAAUUGCCUAGAGUGCCAGUCUCUGCUCCUCCUGGCGGCAUCCAGCUUCGAAAUUUGUUUGUGAAGCGUGGCGUGCUGCCAGGCAGGUCCCAGUGGCAGAGCUAGAGGUAAGAGUGCCUCCUGGUACUAAGAGAACCUUAUUUAGAUGAUGCUGUUUUGGUGCCUGGAGUGUCCCUUAAAGUACCAGAACAACUUCCCUCCGUACCUGUGGCAAGUAAAGGAUUAACCCCUUUUUGUUUACCUGAUUCCAGUCCCUUGGCACAGAGUUUGGGUCCUCCUCCACUGACCUCAGCUGAUGGGGGGGCACCUAAUUCACAUGAGCAUCAAGCACCUAAGUUAGGCCUUCCCCAUAGGAAUGCAUUGACUAGAUGCUUUCCUAUUGGGUUUUAGAAGACUCUGGAUGUCCAGUGUUCUCAUUGAGUCAGACUCCGUGAAAUGGCAGGAAGCGCCUUUAGAGGCUGUCUUAACCCUGCAAUGUAAACAUUACAAUGUUUGCAGCUGUGGGGCUAAGGGGGCAGGAACAGUGUAUCUAGCUAGACUACUGCAAUGAGAUGAAGUGGCCAGGGUGCAUACAGUGUCCCUUUAAAAAAAAUUUUUUUAAAAAUAAUCUUACAGGAAGUGCAGGGAGGCUGGGUCUCAGACCGGGGAGGUGUGGCUAAGCUUGCAUUGAUUUAAUUCGUAAUUGGAAGAGAAUUAGCAUUUAGACUAGAUGAUGCAUGAUCUACACAGCAAAAGCACUUCAUUACCCUAAAGUUGUUUGUGUCUCUUUUAAAUUACUCAUGUUUCUUAUAUCAAUAGUAAGCACUAAAUAAUUUCACUUGCAGAGAAUUGGAAGCGGCAGCUACCAAAGACGUUGAAGGAAAUCUGAGAAGGUACGUUUCUAAAUACAUUUACAACUGUUUCUUUAUUUGUGUUUUUUAUGUGUGUGUGUGUGUAUAUAUAUAUUUUUAUACAGUGCAUGAUAACACUAAACAUUCCUUUCUUAACUGUUACACUCACUCAGUUUGCAUUAUAUAUAGUAUGUUUCUAUACAUGCUCAGGGGAGUGGUUAUAAAGAUAACUUUAACUGUUUCAACACCAAUAUGUAACAAGUGCUUAGAAGGGACACUGUAUGGAAUCACAUUCAUACAUACAUACAUAUCUUUACUCUUUAAGAAGCAACAAAUAUAUUAUUUUCUAUAAUUGUUUUAUAGUGUAUUAUAAGAAAAUACACUUCUAUCCAAUAUACUUUAUACAUUGAUUGUUGGACUAGCUGCUACCUACAUGCUUAUGUUCUCCAAUUGGAAAAUUAAACAAAAACGGUUACAUUAGGUAAGUGGCUGUUUUAGUUAAUUGCAGUAAGUUGCUAUUGUAGGAAUUGUUUAUAUGAAGCAUGCACUUUAUCUUGUAAUUUCAAUUAGUGCUGAGAACUACAUUCACCCCUUCUAAGCUAUUGUUUUUUAGUAAAAUAUUUCAUUUCAAUCUGCUGUAUUGUUUUGUACGCGCAAGAGACCAUUCACAUAGACCCCCCUCACCACCUGGUCUAAAUACCUGAAAUGCUUAUUAAUGAUUUCGGCUCCUUAGUGUCUAGUAUUCACAACUAACCGCUGGUCAGUAUAGGGAUUAUGUACUCCCUGCAUUGUCUUCUAAUUAUGCUAUCUUGGCCUCCCAUUUGUUUUUGACCACGAAGCAGUGACCAAGAUAAUGAGGAAUUAAAAAGCAAGGGCUCUGGAGAUGAAUCCCUUUGUAUAAUCAAUACAGCAAUGACCACUGAUGUUUAUUAUGUAUAACUGAUGCUAUUCUAUAUACAAAAAAAAAAAAACCUUGCCUAAAAGUUCCUUUAACUCUUUCAGUUUCCAGAAUGUGGUGUCUCAUCAUUAAUUUCUGCCAGUAAUUAUUUGUUUGUACAAUGUAGACAAAGUCUGUGUUAAAUAUAUUUAAUCAUUCUGUUUUACUUUUUCAAAACUGGCAUUAAUCCUUCAGCCCCACUUACAAAAAUGCUUAAAGGACCACUCUAGGCACCCAGACCACUUCAGCUUAAUGAAGUGGUCUGGGUGCCAGGUCCUUCUAGGGUUAACCCAUUUUUUCAUAAUUAUAGCAGUUUCAGAGAAACUGCUAUAAUUAUGAAUGGGUUAAGCCUUCCCCCAAAGCCUCUAGUGGCUGUCUCGUUGACAGCCACUAGAGGCGCUUGCGUGCUUCUCACUGUGAUUUUCACAGUGAGAGCACGCCAGCGUCCAUAGGAAAGCAUUGUAAAUGCUUUCCUAUGCGACGGGCUGAAUGCGCGCGCAGCUCUUGCCGCGCGUGCGCAUUCAGCCCAGGAGGAGGAAUGGAGGAGGAGAGAAGGAGGAGAGCUCUCCGCCCAGCGCUGGAAAAAGGUAAGUUUUUACCCCUUUCCCCUUCCAGAGCCGGGCGGGAGGGGGUCCCUGAGGGUGGGGGCACCCUCAGGGCACUAUAGUGCCAGGAAAACGAGUAUGUUUUCCUGGCACUAUAGUGGUCCUUUAAAGAUAGUUUUUGAAAUAGUUUGCUUAUUUUAAUCCAGUGUCGGACGAAGCUUCCUGAUGCUGCUCGGCACUCCCCCAAUCUAAGGCUUCUCAUUGAGAAGGUUUUGACCGGCUCGUAGUGCAUGUGCUCAUUAUAUGGGAGGGUGGCAAAUUAAUAAUAAAUAAUAAAAUGCGAAUGUAGUUGGGAGAAGAGAGGGGGGAGGGCUUCCCUCUCUGUGGGAGGGAGGGGAGAGGAGCUACUCCUUUGCAGCAGUUACAUCUAAGUCACGUGUGCUGAUGGGGCAGACUAUUAAAUUGUCAUGGUGGUUGGAGUAACCCUUUAAGACUCCAGGCAAUUGUUAAAGGACCACUAUAGUGCCAGGAAAACAAACUCGUUUUCCUGCCACCAUAUAGUCAGUUUAAUGCAUCUCUAUGAGGAGAUGCUGUUUGGCUCUGCCGCCGCCUCGCCUACUUGGUUGAGAUCAUUUAUAAUUGAAGACCUCAGCCAAUCCAAUGCUUUCCUGUGGGAAAUCACUUCUAAUGAUGUCAGCCAGGCAGUUUGGGGGCAGAGCUAGUGGACCUCUGUGGCGCUGGAAAUAAGGUGAGAUUUUACUAUAUUUAGGGGAGCCAAGGGGGCUAAAUAGGGAUUUUUAACACUAUAGGGUCUGGAAUACAUAUCUGUGUUCCUGACUUUAUAGUGUUCCUUUAAGGAUUUGACCAUGCAAAAAAAUACCAUAUUAAUAAGACCAAAAUCUGUCAAAUGCAUUAAUGCUGUAUUGGUGUCCAGAAUGUCCUUUUAAUCAGUUUCCAUUGUGGCAUUUUACUAUAGACCUUCAGAAAAGUAAGUUGUAAUGUUUUCACAUAAGUCCCGUCAUAAUUUGUGAACUGCAGACAGCGCAUUUCCUCCAUGUGUAUUGGAUUCUUACACCAUGUUAUCUGUUACAUGCCAGUAAUUGUUGCCUACACACUCCAUUUUUAGAAUUGUGUGUUGUUUUGUGUUUUUCAUGUUUAAAGGGAUCCCUGGCACUAUAGGGUUAAUAGGUCCCCUCCUGCGGGGCUGAAGGGGUCUAAGCCUUUUUCAGUGCUUUCCUAUGGGGGAAAUCUGAUGCUGGAGGUCCAUGCGAAUGGACAAAAAGUCCGGUUGGAUUCCAGAAGUGCCCCCAGUGGCUGAGGGCAGACUUAGAGCUGCAGUGUAAACAUUGCAGUUCUCUGGAACUACAAUAUUUAACAUUGCAGCACUAAGUACAAAAGCACUCAAACUACUUCCAUGAGCUGAAGUGGUCUGGGUGCCUACAAUGUCCCUUUAAUUGCUCUCAUUAGAAAUAUCCAAUAGGUUAACUCCAAAACAGUGCCAAAUAGAUUAGCACUAUGAUGUGGGGGGAAUAAAUACAUAAUGUUGUAAUAAAUACGUGUGGGGGGAAGGGACAGUUUGGGGAGGCACAGUAAUAAUUUAAAACCUAGAUUAUUCUUCAGUGUCUCCUAAAGAAGCAAUCUAACCACCAUAACCACUAUAUGCCAUUGUAGUAGUAGACUGAGUCCUCAUGGCACCUGAAGACUGGCCUCUACUCGACGGAACGUCACAUUUGCAAAUUUAAUUUCAACCAUUUUACUCAUACAAACUGUUAUACUUCACCUGUAAGAUUGGGUGGAGUAGUACAUUUCCUUUGCAAACUGGUAAUUGUCUCUUUGAUGGCUUAUGUUUACUGGAAGAAAGCUGAAGAGAUUAAACAACAUCAUGUACUUAAAUUUGCAAGAACACCCAUCCACAUAUCUUUCCACAUUAGCAAAUUCAUUCUAAUUUACCCCUAAUCCCUUUUGGUGUUUCACUACUCUGGUACCCACGGUAUGUAAAAGUGUCUCCUCUUGUAGUUACAGCAUUUAUAAAAUUUGUGUUCGAAAUUUACAGAAGAUAUUGAACUAUUAAAAAAAAGAAAAAAAGUAUUGCAAAAAUGGUCAAAUGCAAUUGCAGUAGUGCUCACAAAUGGUAUAUGGAAUUCAGGCACUAUAAUAAAUAAGAUCCAUCUCCAGAUAAGUAGGUAGCCUCUGGAAAUGAAGCAAAAUGGCGUAGUAUGCCCACAUUAUUGGUAGAUAUUACAAAUAGCUGACUAGUAUUCACAGAUUUUUACAUUUUGGGAAAUUAAAAUAAAAAUGAACAUUGCCUGCGUGCAGUCCACUGUAUCGCCAAACACAUUUCAUACUUGAAGUCACGGACUGUCUGAAUUCAGACGACCCCUGCAUGCCAUUACAGUUUCAUGAAACCCAUUUUAGUUUCUGAGAAUUGUACUUGUCUGUCUGUAGUUAUCACAUUUUAAUGUUUUGUUACUCUUGUUUUUGGGUUUGCCUGCAUAUCUAGAAGCCAUUUUAGACACUUAAGUCUCUGAAUACAUUGUUAUAAAGGUGGGACAACAGAAAAGUAAAACAUGAUGGCUUUAAUGUUUAACAUCUAGUUAAUAAAUGCCCAGAGUCCAAAUCUUUCCUACACUAUUAUUGCCUGGCAAAUAUACUUUAGAUGAUCUCCAGUGCUUGUUAUUUUUACAACUGUUUAGGAGUGCUGCUUUGUUGUUCCAUGACGGCUUUCCUACACACACUUUUGACUACGCGUUACUGCUGUGACCUUGUUUGAUAUCUUUAAUAUAUAUACAUGCAUAGUUUGAGUACAUCAAUAUAAUUAGCUAAAUAUACAGCAACCUCUGCACCUCAGAAAUUCAAUGGCCUUCCCUGGAUUUAUUGCAGCAAUGUGAACUUUUUCUUUCCUAUUCAGUCUGCACAUGACGUCUUUUGACUACCUAAUUAUUGAAAUACAAUCAAAAUCUUUUUGGCUUGUGUGUGUGUCCUUUUUUUUUUUCUCUUUACUAAAUGAAGAGGCAGUUUUUGAAUACUGCUAAACAUCUUUGCUGUUCUGUAUCGGUUUAAAUUUAGUUUUUAGCCUUCCUGAACAAUUUAUGAACUUCACCCAUGUUUGUCGUAAACAUUUGAUUUAUUUUCCACGUACAUCAUGCAUAAACCGUUAUGUUACAGACUAUUUCCACCUGGAUGUUAUUAAUGCACAUUGUAAUCCUUUGCGCAGUAUAUUCUUUAUUCCAGUCAGUGUGGAAGCAUUGGCGGUUUCAUUUCUGAAUUGUUUCUCCAGAUCCUAAAAUAGAAUUUGUUUAGGUAACUCUGAAACCUUCAGUUCUGUGCCAACCAAUCUGCAGCGUUGUAUCAAGCUGGAACAUGCUUCAAGAGCCUGUUGGAAUUCCUAAGAAAUUACUUCCUAAGCAACAAGUUUUACACAGACUCCAAAUAAACUGCAGUUUUAUUUUGCCAUGUCUUGAAUUUGUUUGACUUGACAGCCUUGUUUGCAUCCAUACAUGUCUUUCCCCAUUACUAUGUACAUUCAAAUGACAGGGCUGUUUAAUAAAGUGGGAAUUCACAGUGAAUUUCAAAGCUGAUGCCAAAGUAGUCCAAUUGGUAGCAAAAAGAAUGUUUCCAGUUUGGCUAUUCAUGCCUUGAAUUUAAAUGAUUCACGUUGACUUCCCACUUAAAUGAAUAGCCUUGCUGGUGUUUUGGCUAUAGGCUCUGUUUGUUGAAUCCUGGGCUUCUAAGUUUUUAGUGGGCUUUAUCAUGUUUAAGCAUUUGACCUUCAUCCAGGCAGCACAUGGCUGGUGAGCCUUUGUAAGAUUUGCUUGCUGGCAUCGGACGUUCUUGUAUUUUUUAACAACUCAUCUAGGAUAUUGUUGGGUAAUUAAAUAAUUUGUCCCCCUCGGGUGGUGCAGUUAAACAUGUAGAUUGAUGAUGGAUAAUAGUAAAGUCUAAUUUGCGGAUUAAAAGCUAGACUGCAAACACAAGGCCUAUUAUAUAGUCCUCUAUUGUGGGUUGUGGUUUUUUCCUUACAAAAAUUCACAUUAUACCAAACAAAAGGAUUGUGAUUUGGAAACAAUUCAGCUUCAGGAAGUUAAUCAAACAAGUUAAGUGUACAGAAAAACUCCAUUGAUUUAAUACUGAAUGUUUCUCGCCAUCUUAUUUUAUGGAUUUGUAUCCAUAAAUUAACAAUUUUCUGGCAAGCCUACCUAGUGUGUAUGUGCUCUUUUAACACUCAGAGCAUCUGUGUGUUUAUCUAAGAAGGCAGACGUGUGUUGUUGGUGAUGUGUAGACGGGAGAUAAUACAUGUCUCCUAUAUUGUUUGAGCAAACUGAGCAAAACUUCUUAACCAAUCAUCCCCAUAGGUGUCGAGGUAUUCCCCAAUCUAUUGGAGCAGGCUAGCAAAAAGAUGUGCCUGUUACAGAAAGGCAUCUCAUGUGAGAGCCACAGUUGUCUGUGGUUUGUUUUUGUUUUGUUUUUGCUGGGUUUUUUUUUCCCUCUCUUGCCCUGAUAAACCUGUCAUUCUGUAGUUUAAUAGGCGUCAUUACUCCAUUACGAUAGUGUAGUCAAUGAUCUCUAUUAGAUUGCAUGUGACCCAUAUACUUAAUUGAGCCAAGCAUUUAAUGGCACAUAUUUUAUAUCUUUAAUGUUGUACACCAGUAUUGGUAACAGCUCUCUGUGCUGCCUUAUUGGACAGGAAUCUAUCAUUAUUUCUUGUCUGCAAGUGUGAACUUUUGGCACCGGCGAGUAGUGCCAUAACUUGCUUCACAACAAAGUACCAUAAAAUUGCAUUACUUUUAACCAGCGACCCUUGGACUUUCAUAUUGCUGCCAUAGAGAUGUGAGAUUGCAAAGCAAACAACUCUGGGCUGGGUGCAUGAGACAAGCCUGGUCUGUUUAACCUUAGGACUGCACCGACCAUUGCUGCUGCAGUCCCCUCACUAGAUCAGAAGCGGAUUGUUUCCUUUUGGACACUUUACUAGUUGGUCAGUAGGAAGCAGCUGCUGGUCGUUGUUUGUAUUGUCUCAAAUUGAUUUCCUUCCUUCACCCUGAGCAGGAAAAGUACAGUUUGUCUCAAAGUUAAAAUGGCCAUUACUAAGGCAAAACGUGGGAGGGAUGCAAAAUGGUUUUAUAUAUUUUAGUACACUUUUUAUUCUUCUCUAGUUAACCAUGUAACCUGAAUUUGCUUGCACUGUGAGAAGUCAACUUUCUUGUGUAGCUUUUGCUGCAGAGAUUUAAAGCAGGUGUCAGGGUGGAGGUUUCAAGACCAUAACACAAGGUAUCAUCAGGAAUAUGAAAAUAGAAAACUUUGGUUUGAUUUUGUUUAUAAUUAUGUAGAUACAGUGGUGAGGAAUAUUUAAAAAUGAAAAAAGUCUUUUUGUCCUGACACAAAAUAAUAUAAAUUACAAAGAUUGCUUUAUUCGGUCAUAAGCUUUGCGCAUUGCACCAUGCGUUUGCUGCUCAUCGCACAUUCUCAUGCUUACCGGGCAAUGUAUUGUGUCCCCAGCCAGCUCUGGGAGAAGGCACCGUAUCAAAUAUCCCAGCAGCAGGUCUUAAAGAAUAGAUAACUUCUCGCCUGGAACGGCUUAUCCCAGACAUCAGGGGAUAUGACUUUCACAUCUGAGAUACGUUUUGAACUUUCCAUAUCAAGAUAGGGAUAUCAACAAAGUUGGUAAAGAAAAUAUCCAAGUAGUAUAAAAUCCACCAUGUGUAUGAAAUGCUCAGUAAAUUGUGGCUUAAAAGUGAGAAUAUGGAAAAAUUAUAUUGGUCAAUUCUCUACAUACAUAUACAGUGUAAAUAAGAGCUGCAGAACAUUUGCUUUAACAAAACAAAAAUAAACUAAAGAGAUCUGAAUGUUGAGAAAUACAGCAUAGAGAUCAAAUAUACUUAAAUUACUGGGGGAUUGGCGGAUACGUUGUUUUCUAUACUUUGGUUGUUCUAAAAGAGGACAUCCUGGGACAUCCCCAGGGCAAGCUGUAUCUUCAUUCACUUAAGUGUUUUGUUCCACACCUAUCACUUUUUGGGUAAAGUUGUGGGUGUUGUAUUUGUUUAUUUGCGAUCAAAUAUUCUUGAGUUAGUGCCCAGGGGGCCCUUUUAAAGAUUGUAGCGAGACCUGAGUAACAUUUCCCAUUGACUGUUCCCAGUUCUGUCCUCUGUGGUGAACUCUGAGCAGUGCAGUCAACUCCCGUGCUGUUGUAAAAUACUCCCAACACAUUCCUUCUUGCCUUAUUUGUCAUCUAACAGAUAUGCAGCAACAGGUUAAAUCCAAAUGCCUGCACAAAGCUGUCUACAAGGGAACAAUUGCUGCAUUGUUGUGGCACACAAGCCAGCAGUAUACUCACAGAGAGGGCAACAAGUUAUCAAAGGCCACCGUUGAUCUUUUUCACAAUUAGAUUAGGGUAAUUGAGCAAAACAUUUGAUAGCAAACUGUUUGGAAGCUCAACGGCUUGAUGCCUGUGCAAUUAAUCUGCUGUUUUCUGUAUGGAAUGCUAAUGAAAUGGUUAAUGGGACGGCUUUUUAUAAACCAAACCCAUAGCCUCUCUAUUCUCCUGCUCUGCGAUUUCAGUGUGUACCACAGACACUUUGUUUACCAAGUGUUCUUUACUGACUCUGCUGUCACAGGUGCACAAUGCACUGCAUGCUUUUCUGCUGCUCUGAGGGUUCAAACUCCACCCACCCAUUGCUCCCCAGACUCCUUUUCAAGGGGUGAAAAAAAUGCUGAUGUGGAUGGAUCUUUCGCUCAUUGUUGGUUGGUUUUGUGUACUCUGUUUAGCAUAGUCUGUGCAGAAUACAUGGAAGAAUAGACAAUUGUUUGCGCUUUGAACAGUGGUAUUUGUAAGAUUGUUGCUUUAACCUUCUCAUUAGAAACAAAGGAAGAAAAUGUAUGUCAAAGGCUUUUCAUUUUAGUUUAUGUAUAUAUUUAAACUAGUUAUAUAUAUCAUGAAUAAAAAGUAAUAUACAAUUUUUCUCCAAUAAACAGCAGAUCGGACACAUUUUCUGCAGCUCAGAGAAUGCCCAGCAAAAAAGAACACAUUUUGGCAUCACUAAACUGGUAAAAUAAGAAGGGAGGAUGUUUCCAGUUAUUCCAACCUGCCUAAAAAAAAUACAAUUAAUAAAAUAAAGCUUGCCCAGAUGCAGCUUGUGUCCAAAUCUUGUGCACCCUCCUAAAUUCAAAGCAUUAACCCAGAAAUGUUGGGUGUAUUUUGUAGUGGCCAACUCACAUUUCCUGCUGAUGUAGCAAUCUUCUGUUUAAGGGUGUUUUUGGUCCUUGCUAUGGACAGAUGAUGUUUAACCCCUUCAGGACGGAGUCACCAGUACACGUUCUGAUCUAAACAAAAACUGGAAUUUGCGCUGUCUGUUCAACCGUAAUUCACCUCUUUCAUAUUAAGUGCACCCACACUUAUUAUAUAUCAUUUUGUUGAGGAGAAACAGGGCUUUAAUUUCUAAUGAACUAUUCAUAUAUGAAACAUAAUUUCUUAUGAAUACAAUAAUAAAAAAAAAAAAUUUAAGAUUAAAAAAAAAAUUUGUUGUGUGAAAAAAAAUGAAAUGCAAGCCUUCUAUUUGAAUCUCUAACUUUCCAAAACACCAUAAAACCUGUACAUGGGGGAUACUCUUAUACUUGGGAAACUUCGGUGAACACAUUCACUGAACAUUAGUGUUUCAAAACAGUAAAACAUAUCACAACAAAAAUAUUGUCCGUAAAAGUGCAGUUCGUGUGAAAAAUGCCCAAAACUUCACUUUUACUGUAAAUAACAUCGUUGUAAUACCAUUCAUCAUUUUGAAUCACUAAUAUUUGUGUUCAGCGAAGUCUCCUGAGUAAACUUAUGUAAAUGUCAUUCUAAGUGUAAUAUAUAUAUAUUAACAGUUAGAAUGAAAUUGUAUAUGUAAUUUAAAUAUUUAAAAAAUCUAUUUUAUUGUAAUUCUCUCUCUAUAUAUCUAUAUAUAUAUAUAUAUAUAUAUAUAUCAAUAUAUCAUUCUAAGUGUAAUAUAUAUAAAUAGUUAGAAUUAAAUUGUGUAUAUAUAAUGAAAAAAAAUGUUAAAAAUAUAUUUUAUUGUAAUUAUACACAUAUAUAGAUAUAUAGAUAUUUAGAAUGAAAUUGUGUAUAUAUAAUUUAUUUAAAUUUAAAAAAAAAUUAUUUUAUUAUUGUAAUUAUACAUAAGUGUGUGUAUAUAUGUCAUUCUAAGUGUAAUAUAUAUAUAUAUAUAUAUAUAUAUUAGUUAGAAUGAAAUUGUAUACAUUAUUUAAAUUAAAAAAAAUUAUAUUUUAUUAUUGUAAUUAUACAUAUAUAUGUAACUUCAUUCUAAGUGUAUUUUAAUUACUAAUAUAUGUACUUAUAUUAAUAUUAAAAUACACUACCUAUGACGUUACGUGUGUGUAUGUGUAUAUGUGUGUGUGUAUAUAUAUAUAUAUAUAUAUAUAUAUAUAUAUAUAUAUAUAUAUAUAUAUAUAUAUAUAUAUAUAUAUAUAUAUAUAUAUAUAUAUAUACACUUUAUUUUAACAUAUUUAAUAUUUUUUUACACUACCCACCAGCAGGGGGAUUGUCUGACAGACCAGACAGUCCCCUUGCUGGCAGAUCCACAGCCUGCUAUAGGGGGCUAUGUGAUCGCUCUUUGAGAGCGAUCACAUGGCCCCCAGGGGCCUGAUUUCCCGGGGGAGGGCUCUUGGUGUAGAAAGCCCCAUUAUAAUGUGGACAGCAUAGGGGGAGGGCUCUUGGUGUAGAAAGCCCCAUUAUAAUGUGGACAGCAUAGAACGACGUUAAGGGGUUAAGCCAAACUUUAGUAAAUGCAUACAUUACGUAAAAGGAGCAGGUGGUGUGUAUGUAUGUUAUAUUAAACUUGGUGUUUUAUUCACCCCUCUUAUAACCAAUACCAUGUCCCAGUGGAACCCUUGCAGGAUAUUGUGGAGAUCAUGGUGUGAUUAUGUGAAGAGUUGUAUUUGGCCGCAGUGCCUAAUAAACUAUGUUAAAGACUGUCAAAUUAAGGAUUCUUGCCUCAGUAGAUGUACUGUUGCUUUAGAUGAAGAUAUAAAUCAGUAGUUACAAUUUAAGGUGUAGGAAAUUUGUAAAUCUCCCCCACCAAAAACAACUUCCAGAAGACAUUUGUUCUCGGCAGUUGUCAAUUAUAAUCUGUGCGUAGUAAGUCACUCUUCUUCUUCUUGAGAGAGAUCAGGUAGGAUUUACUGAACUCCUUGGUAAUGGUAAAUUUACAGAGGGACCACAUUAAAAAAAAAAAAAAAAAAAAAAAUUACGUUUAUAUGGAAUGGCAUCUGGUAAAUACAAACUAAUUUUAGCCCCUCAUUAAAUGUGGUAAAAUCCUUCAUUUGCCAGAGGAGAUCUCUUCCUUAGUGGUUUGAGUUAGCAUAUCCCGUAUGCUUGGCUGGAUUCCUAAAAGCUAGUGUACUCUGUCCGCUGGUGCUGGCUGGGGAGUAAACUAGACUCCCUGCAUUCCUUACUUUCUUUUAAUUGCACACGUGGCUUUUGUGGUGUUCACAGUAAUGCAAAUAUUUAUUUUGAACUCUUUACCAUCGUUCCUUUUAAAUUGCACAGUUUUUAGUGUGUUCAUGUUGCUCUUUCUUUUGGUGCUAGGUAUAAAAAAACUGAAGAGGAAGAUAAUUUGAUGGAAGAAAGUAAGAAAAGGAAGGACAAGAAGAAAAAGAAGGCUGUCCUCAAGAAGGUAAUUGUCUCAGUAUGUUUAUGUAUUCUUCUUUCAGUAGUUCGGGCUGCUUAGAGUGUUGUUAAAUGGAGGGAGAAACUAAAUAUAUUGAGCAGUACACAGCGUGAAUACUCAUUCCAACAAUUGUACAGCAUUAAUUGUGUGUCUAUGGAUAUCUUAUUUCCAGACACAUACUGGUCAGUGGCCAGCAUUCCGUCCAAUUCGAGUCUGAUGUGAUAUUCCUAGGACAGGCAGUAUACUCUACCACUGUCUGCAGCAAAGGAGGCAUCUUACAGUUUUGUCAGCUCUUAAAGUUCUCCUCAUAUCUGGGCCGGCAUACUACAGUAAUUUUGGUGGUCCUGACAAAUGCAGGUUAUGCCAUAGCGUUAUUACCAAUUAACGAAUACAUCAUGUAUUUCUGAUUUAAUGUGUGAGUGCCUAGAUUUAUCGUUUUACAUAUUGAAUGGUCAUAGAAGUAUUUUGUGGGAAUAUGCUAUAAACUUUAUAAUAUUUCUGUGUGUACUGAUCUAUGUUUGAAUGCUGCACUUUAUAAGUGAAAUAUUAAAUCCAAUAAGGAUUGUUUAAAGCAUCUUUUAAAACCUUAAUGUCAUUUUGCGGUAUCCUAAGUGUUCUGUAUGCUAAUCCCUUCAUGUAUAUUCAUGUGAAUGCGAGGGGGACAGGGUUCUGCUACAUUGUUUGUUCCCUUUUUAUGUACGGGGGUCCACUCCCCCUCUCUGAUCUUUACCUAGCAGAGAAAAUAAUUACUUCACCUGUUUAGUUCCCCUCCUCAUCCACAAGGUCAUAGCCCACCCUAUAUGCAUCAUGGGACCUGUGUGUGUAUGAUGCUGCAUAGGUGGUAAAUUCCUAUGAAUAGCUGUUUAAAAGCUUAAAAAUUAUCCAAAUCAUUCUUACUGCACUCCAAACACUUUAUAUUCAUUUUUAUAUCCUGUACCUACUAAUGGUAUCUGUACAGGAUUGAGAAACAGGGAAUGGUGCAUAAUCAUAGAUAGUCAAAUACUUCUGUAACUAAUUAAAACAAUCUUUACAUAAUUAUCAACAUUUAUUGCCUUCGAUCAUGCUAAGCAAGCAAUGGUGUAUUAGUCAUGAUGAAUAUUUAAAUAGAAAAUAAACUCCUACUGCCAUAUUGUAGGCAAAUUCAAUUAUUUCAGCAUUUUCUAAUUUAGAUACUAUUGAGGUAGAAGAAAAUAUGGCCUCUGUCACCACAUCUUAGACCACUAUAGGCACCCAGACCACUUCAGCUUAAUGAAGUAGUCUGGGUGCCAGGUCCAUCUAGGAUUAACCCUUUCUGCUGUAAACAUAGCAGUUUCAGAGAAACUGCUAUGUUUACAAAUGGGUUAAUCCAGUCUCUAGUGUCUGUCUCUAGUGUCUGUCUCUAGUGUCUGUCUCUAGUGUCUGUCUCUAGUGUCUGUCUCCGCGCUUCUCACUGUGAUUUUCACAGUAUGAAGAUGCCAGCGUCCAUAGGAAAGAAUCGAGAAUGCUUUCCUAUGAGACUGGCUGUGCGAGCGGCUCUUGCCACGCAUGCGCAUUCAGCCGAUGACGGGGAAAGGAGGAGGGUCCCCGGCGCUGGGAAAAAGGUAAGGGAUUAACCCCUUCCUCACCCUAGAGCCCGGCGGGAGGGGGAGCCCAGAGGGUGAGAGGGACCCAAGGACCCUAUUGAGCCAGGAAAACUAGUAUGUUUUCCUGGCACUAUAGUGGUCCUUUAAGGCCAUGCAUGGCAUUUUGCAGUACCUAUUGCACAGAUUCUCUCUCCAUUUGUCAGGCCACUAUUGCAGUGUUGUUUUUGGUAAAUUAACUUCCAAGCAGUAAUUACAUCCUUGCAUUUUCGCCCAGUCAUGAUCUCGCGUGCAGAAUGAGAGGCCUACAUGGUCUCAACAGCUGCAGUGUGUUUUUGCAAGUUUGAUCCUGACAGCUGUAGUGCAAUGUUUGGGUGACGUCUAUGCAAAAUAAGUAAUUAGGUAUUUUCAAUUGUACAACCAAUGUUAAAGGAACACUAUAGUCAACUAAACAACUUUAGCUUAAUGAAGCAGUUUUAGUGUCUAGCUCUAGAUCGUGUCUCUCAGGUUUUACUGCUCAAUUCACUGCCAUUUAGUAGUUGAAUUACUUUUGUUUCUGUUUAUGCAGCCCUUGUCACACUUCUCCUGGCUAUGAUUGACACAGUCUGCAUGAAAAAAACAAAACUGGUUUCACUUUCAAUCAGAUGUAUUUUACCUUAAACAAUUUAAUCUCUUGCUCUGUAAAUUGAACUUUAAUCACAUACAGGAAGCUAUUGCAGGGUCUAGCAAGCUAUUAACAUAGCAGAGGGAUAAGAAAAUCUAAAUUAAACAGAAAUUGCAAUAGAGGAAAGAAACUUUAGAUGACUCUUUACAGGAAGUGUUUAGGAAGGCUGUGCAGUCACAUGCAGGGAGGUGUGACUAGGGUUCAUAAACAAAGUGAUUUAACUCCUAAAUGGCAAAUUAUUAAGCAGUGAAACGGGAGGGGCAUGUUCUAUACACCAAAACUGCUUCAUUAAGCUAAAGUUGUUUUGGUGACUAUAGUGUCCCUUUAAAUGCUUAGUGCUUAAAAUACCCAGUAACUAUGUAAAAUAUUUAACUUUACAUGGUUUGUUUGCUUUGCCUAUAUCAGGAAAAAGUCUGACUGGCAAUUUAAUGUAAAUCAGUAUAUUUUGGUUUUUGUACCCAAAUUCACUAAUUUUAUUAUUCCCUCAAAGCCCAACCAUCAGUGGUUAUUUUUACACACACUUGUAAUGUUGGUUUUGUGUAGAAUUCUUUGCUAGUCUAGUAUUUACAGUUUCUGAGGUAGUAUGCAGACUAAACCAGUGUUUCUCAACCUUCUACAGAGAAAUACCCCUGCCUUGAGAAAGUAAUUUCGAUUGAUUUUAAAUUCCAAAUUAAAUAAGUAGACAUUGACAUUUAAGUUAAUCCAGUAUUGGAGAACAAACCUGAUUUAAAGGUAGUAAAAAUGUUUCAAAUUAUUAACACUUUAGGAACACUUUAGUCACCACAAAAACUACAGCUUAAUGUUGUUCUGGUGAGUAUAAUCAUUGCCUUCAGACAUUUUCAUGUAAACACUGCCUUUUCAGUGAAAAGGAAGUGGUUACAUUGCCCCUAAGGCCAUUUUUUAGAUGGCCACUGGAGAUGCUUCCUAAGGCAGUGCUGCACUGUAGGCAGCACUGCCGCUCAGCGUCUCCAUGCUCUGCAUGGGGACCCUGAAUUUGAGAUGACUGGCCAAAACGGCGGACAUCCUCACGAUCUGCAUUAGGACAUCCAGCAUUGAUUCAAUGCUUUCCCUUGGGAAGCUCUAAGGGCGUUGUCGCCCUUAAAUAAGUUAACUCACCUUUAUUCUAGCACCACAUGGAUCUACCUGCGCCUGCCCUGUUCCCCCUCCCAUAGGAAAGCAUUUGAUUGGCUGAGAGUCAAUUCUGAUGAUCUCAGUCAAAGAGGGAUGGCGGGGGGCAGAGCCAAACACUGCCCUGGUCAAUUAGCAUCUCUCAUAGUGAUGCAUUGAAUCAGUGCAUCUCUGCGGGGAUAGUUCAGCGUAAACACUGCUUUUUUUUCUCUGAAAAGAUUUGCAUGAAAAUGCUUGCAGGGACUUACUCUACUCACCAGAACUACAUUACCUGUAGUUGUUCUGGUGUCUAUAGUGUCCCUUUAAGUUUUCGAUCGCAAUCGGCACUGGCGGAACAGUCUCUUCUCUGCAGCUUGGUCUGGUUCCGUUGAGCUAAUCAGGCAUGAUGACCAUUUAAGACAUCUCAAAUGCUUCCUAUAGAGAAGCAUUGUGGACUUAAUGCCCAUGUGUGGUAUUAGAGCAGGGGUAAGCAACCCUCCGGCGCUCCAGAUAUUGUGGAUUAAAUCCCCCAUAAUGCUCUUACACCCAAAAUGCAUCAUGGGGGGUGUAGUCCAAAACAUCUGGCGUGCCGAAGGUUGCCUGUGCCUGAAUUGGCAUUGAAUCCAACCAUAGAAGAGCAUUAAUGCCUGAGAGGGUAUUCAAUAACCUCAUGCGAGGAGGUCAAAAGUCGAACAGAUUCCGACUGUUUUGGAAGCUGAAGCAUCACAUAGUGGCUUCCACGGUUACAGCCAAACAUUGCCAUAACAAAAACACAAAUGUUUUACAUUGCAGAAGUAAUACAGCAGAGCCACUGCACCCAGACCACUUCAAUGGGAUGAAGUGGUAUGCAUGCUUAUAGUGACCUUAUGCUUUAACUGACCCUUUCAAAGCAAUGCUGUUCAUCUUAUUAAAGAAGUUGGCUGCAUAUCAAUUUUGUAGGCUUGCGGACCAGGAUAUUUUUGAUGUAUUAAGCUAGCUCAGUGGUUAGUACUCCAGCUGCACUAUAUCCAAUAGCUUUUCAGGCAUCUCUGUCCAGUCAGCCUGUCGUCCUUUCAAGGGUAUCGUUCCUGUUUUUUAUUAUUACCAUCACUGCAAGGUUUUUGUUUCAAUUACAGAUGCAGGUACGUUAAAGGCAGUCUUAGCCUUUAGCUUUAAAACCCAUAAACCACUACCAGCUGUAGUUGUGGCACAGGACGUGAUGUAUGCUCUUGGUUGAUACAGUUCAUCUUGCGUUAAGCAGAUAUUUCUUUUCAAGUUAUGAGCGAGUGUUUGAGUGCAUUGGGUAAAGUGACAUUUCCUUGUUUUGCAGUCAGGACUCUAUUUUCGGUAUUUAUAAGAACAUUGUUUUUUCACACACUUUGUGACCUGUUUGAGAAGGAAGCCAUUUCCUAAGCCAGGAUUUUCAAGUUGUCCAUUUUGUGAGGGCAGUAAAACAAUCUAGAUGAAGAUGUGUUGAUUGCAGCCUUGGAAAGUAUAAGCCAAGGAAUCGGCUUUUGGUUUAUGCAGUGAUUUUGUCUUUCUGUAGUGAUUUAGUUGUAUUUUGUUCCUGUCUCCAUUCUUUAUAAAUGUCCUAAACGAAACAUGCUCACGCAAUGGCAUUAACUGUUUACUCUUACUAAAUGGUAAUCAUGCAGCCAGGCAAAUGCACUUUUAGUGGAUAAUUAAAUCUCUGUAAAUCGCUAAAUUUAUUUAGUGGAUAGAGGACAUGGGAGGGAGUGGAUUGGAAUGUAUAUUUAAAUAGACAUAUUUGGCAAUUAUGAUUAAACUAAUGAACAAAGAUGGAUUUUGUGCUAGCAAUUUUUUUUUUUCAUUGACUGUUUAGUUAUAUUAGACAUUUACUAUUUUUUACAGAGACUUUUUUUCUCUCCCCCCCCCCCCCCCCUUUUUAUCUGGACUGUGAGUUAUUUUUUAUUUUUCCGUGUUCUUUAACUUUUAAAUACUCUAAUCUACACUUUGUAGUGUUCAGAGACAUUCCAGUUACAUUGUUAUUUUUCUGUUUCAGGCUACUGAGCAAAAAACCAAAGGUAGGCCUCGGUUUUAAGUGGUUACGUACAGGUUUGUGGUAUGUUAACUGUUGGAGGUUUGUGUUGAUGCAGGUAUUUAUGUGGCUGUGUUAAUGCGUCUUGAGAUGUUAAUGGGAAUAACUUUUGAACGUUAAUGUUGUGCAUGUAUUUCAUUCUACAAUUGAGUUUCUCAUUUAACUUUGAAAGUGUUAAAUUGCAAAUUGAGGUCUAGAAUACUGUGGACCUGCAUCCAUGAAUUGUUUUUUUUUAUUUUUUUAAAUGUACCUAUUAUGGUAAACACAUGUUUAUUUUACAAUAAAUUUCAGAAAAUUUAGAAACAUGUAUUCCUAAUGCUAUAGUUUAAUAUCUAUUUAACUUAGAGUACCCCUUGAAUGUGGUCACCAAAACAACUUUAGCUUAAUUAAGCAAUUUUUGGGGAUAGAUCAUGCCUAUGACGUUUCUCCACACAAUUAGCUGCCAUUUGGGAGUUAAAUCACUUUUGUUUCUGUUUAUGCACACCUAGCCACUCCUACCCUGGCUGUGACUGACACAGUCUUCAUAAAAUAAAAAUGGAUUACUUUUCAAUCAAAAGUAACUUACUUUAAAAGUUUUUAUCCCCUGCUCUGUAAAUUGAACUUUAAUCACACACAGGGGGCUCCUACAGGGUCUAGCUGUUGGCAGAGCAGGAGAUGAGAAAUUCUAAAUUAAUCAGAAUUUGCAAUAAAGGAAGUGUAAACAUUAGAUGACUUUACAGGACGUGUUUAAGAAGACUGUGUAAGUCACACGCAGGGAGGUGUGACUAGCGUUGAAUAAGCAAAGUGGUUUAAUUCCUAAAUGGCAGAGAAGUGAGACUGCAGGGGCAUGAUCUAUACACCAAACCUGCUUCAUUAAGCUAAAGUUGUUUUGGGGACAAUGGUGUUCAUUUUAACCUUCUUUAUAGAGUAAAUGCUCACUUUGUGCAGCCUCCAGCUUCAAUUCUGGUGACAUCGUCCUGCAGGCAUUGCCUGUUGAACUUCCUUUUUAAGUCUAAUGAUUCUGAUCGAGAAGAAUUCAGUACGAGAAGCGCAUGUCCAGUGAGCGCUUUUCUAGUCCAUAAAAUACUUUUCAUAUUGUCUGCAUUACAGGUGCUCUUGCAGUGCUUGAGCAUAUUAAACAUCUCACAAAAGAGAACUAUUAUACUAGUAGUCACUACACAUUGUUUGAAGGAACACUAUAGCAUUAGGAAUAAUACAUGUAUUAACCCUACCUAUUUGGGUGUCCAGCCAAAUUUAUGCUAAUGUAAAUGUUGCCAGAAGAAAAAUAAAGACGGGUUCUAUGCGCCCAAACUGCUUUAAGAUGAAGUGGUUUUGAUACUUAGUGUUCCCCUUUUAAGGUUUAUUUUAGCAUACUUUCUUUUUAGGUUUGAGAGAUUUGCGGGGAGGUGAUACUAUGGGUUGUUCUGGCUUGAAAAUAGACUUGCACAGCCGAGUCUGAAAUGGCAAAGAAGUUUGUUAUUCUGUAAACUCUAAAAAGGUUUGCCUUUGGAUCAUUUUCUAUAUUUUUUUUCUCAUGGCAUAAUUUUAACAAGCAGUAAGCACACACACUUGCUAAUUUCAUUGAUGUCUUGUUCUAAGAGACAAAGUAAUUUAGACCAAACAUUUUAUUUAAAACAUCAAUCCCUCAGUGGAUCUCAGGGAUUCUUGUCAAAUAGUCUUAGUUCACACAGUCAUUUUAGCCAAAAUCUGCCCCCAAAAUGACUGACUAAAGGUUAGAUUUUUUUUCUUUUCUCCACUAGACAUGUCUGAAUGUAGUUACACGUGGGCAACUGUUAAUGUGUAUGAUUAUAAGAUGUCAGUGCCUGACACAGAGGAAUAUACUGUGCUAUGUCUCAAGUAUGCGUGACUCCAUAUGUGGGGAGUAACUGAGGAAUGACCAUUUAACAGCAUUAGGGACAUAAUAAUCAAGGUAAAACAAGAACUGUUCUUGGCAAAGGGCUAUAUAUGGAAGUCUAUUUUUUGGGGGAUUGCCCCUCUACUUCCCUCCCCCUCCCCUCCCUACAGCCAGGGGAGGUGCUAGGGCUGCUAUACAGCCCUAGCCACAACUUCCCUGAAUGUGACUGACACCGCCUACAUGACAGCAAAAUGGUUUUAUUUUCAAUCAAACGUAACAGACUUUAAUAGUUUGUAUCUCCUGCUCUGUAAUUUGUACUUUUUUUUUUUUUUUUUAAAUUCUUUAUUUUAUUUGACAAAGUAUUAUAGAACAAGGCAAGAUGUUCCGGUUUAAGCAUAAACCGUGGUCAAGUAUAACAUAACAUAUUACAGCAUAGGCAUACAGUUGAUAAGCGUGGUAGAUAUCAGAUGUUACAAUAAGUGCCUGUAGCACAGGACUCUUUAUUAGGGGGCUUGGACAUCACUUUUGUGCUGUCAAUUUUUUAUUGUAUAUUGAGUCAGUUACAGGUGGCCAGAGCGUGAAGGUGGGUUUCUGUAGGCAUUCGGUGGUGCCUAUCCUAGCGCUAUUGGAGGGUUUCGGGUUACCGUUGGGCGAUGAGAUAUCUCUUAAUGAUGCUGUGGAGUCUCCAACUAUGUUAGAUACAGGUGACGGCCCUUCUGACUUGUUCCAGCUGCAAAUUGUCCCCUGUAUUGUGGAGCCCGCGUUCAACUCCUGCUUUGUACUAGAUACAACUGAAAUACACUUUGGCCUGACUGGGCCCCCCUCCACUCCCUGGCGCCUACCUGCCUGGCGUGUGUGUAAUUUGUACUUUAAUUACAUACAGGAGUCUCCUGCAGGGUCUAGCAAGCUAUUACAGAGCAGGAGAUAAGAAAUUCGAAAUAAAACACAAUUUGCAAUAAAAGAAUUGACUCUCUAGAUGACUCUUUACAGGAAGUGUUUAGGAAGGCUUUGUAAGGCACCCCUUCCUGCAUGUGACUUACACAGCCUUCCUAAACACUUCCUGAAUAAAGUAAUCUAAUGUUUACACUUUUAUUGCAAAUUCUCUUUAAUUUAUAAUUUAUCGCCUGCUCUGUUAAUCCCUUGUUAAACACUGUAUGUAAUAUAAAAGUUAAAUUUCAGAGCAGGAUUUAAAAUUUUUAAAGUAACAUCUGAUUGAGGGGGCAUUGGCUGAUCUUCACUGCAAGCAGUAGCAUGUCUGCAGUGCUCCAGACCUUACUGCCUUCUGAGCCCUGCGACACCAUGGGGGAAUGCACAAAAGCUUAAAAACCGCACUCUGGUGACUGCACUCAGAAGAUUGGAGAUCUUUUUAUGGCGCAGCCUACACAUGAAAUGGCGGCACUGCUGCACUCCCAAUGCUUAUCUUGGGAGGAAGAAUCUCUUGACGCCCCAGAUAACAUACUGGAGGCUAUGGACUCAUUCUUGGCAAUACCAUUAAGUGAUCUGGGGGCUCCAGCCACUAAAGGAGUCAUCCUGAGCCUACUGAAGAACCUAUGCACCUUGUUUUAUAUAGAUAUUGUGGUACUUGGGGAAGAAAGAACAGCCAUCACAGACUGGGUGAAAGCUACUGAAGAUGUUUCCUCAAUCCUUGCAUCCGACCAUGCAGGCCAGAAUAGAUGUGCUGGAUGAUGCGAGACGGUGCGGCAAUGUUAAAAUAAGAGGGAUAGCUGAAUCCAUUAACGAUCAAGAACUGUCUCACUUUAUCCAAUGCCUUCUGUCUGUGGUCCCUUUGUACCUCGAAGCCGACAUGACAUUCUUAAGCUAAGUCAUACAAUUAAUCCGUCGAGUGCACAGUCAAAAUGAUUCCAUGAUUACGUUUUUUUUUUUUUAAAGUUGCGUUAGUUCUUGCCUCUCCUCCUUCCCAGUGCUCAGGGGUUAGUGAGCGCUAUAAUUGCUAACACUCCUGUCAUGGUAAUGCAAUGUGCAGCUUUAUUUUGUCCAAUUGGUGUUUCUGCUCAUGCACUACCUUUAAAGGAUCAGGAGCACAAACAUGUAUUCCUGACCAUAUAGUGAAAACCCACCAUUUAGGUGGCUUGCCCUCCAUUUAGCCCCCCCAGAAUGGGUUAAAAAUCACCUCAUUUCCAGCUCUUUACCAAUCUGCACCUCCUCAUAAAGAUGUGUUGAAUCAAUGCAUCUCUAUGAGGAAAAUUCAGCGCAUGGGGACGCUGAACGGCAGUGCUGCUCACUGUGCAGCCCUGAGCCAGGAAGCCUCUCCAGUGGUCAUCUGAGGAGUAGCCAAAGGAGGUGUCCCUAGGGGCAAUGUAAACACUGCCUUUCUCUGAAAAAGCAGUGUUUGCAUAAAAAUGCUUGAAGGGAGCUAUUAUACUCACAGAACAACUACAUUAAGCUGUAGUUGUUCUGGUGACUAUAGUUCCCUUUAAAUUUAGUACUUACUGUCUUAAUUUCUAAACCACAUUUUGUUUUUUGUUUUUUUGGGCAACUAAGCUGUCCUGUUUCUCUCCGUGCCAUAAACCACUUGGCUUCAACCGGUAGGGCCUCUCACUACCAUACAACUUGCCUACUUGUGCUCUAACAGCCCGCAACCGUCCUAUAUCAUCCUGCCUGCCUGCAUUCCCUGCACACAUUACAGAAACCCUUGCUCCAACCAUCCAUAUCUUAUAGCAAAUUGUUACACACUGUUUACAAUGUUAUCUGUAUGAGGUCUUUAACCCCUUAAGGACAGAGCCAAUUGUUCAAGUUGUGAUCAAAACAAAACCUGGAAUUUGCGCUAUAUAUUGUUCAGCCAUAAUUCACCUCUUUCAUAUUAAGUGCACCCACACUUAUUGUAUAUCAUUUUGUUCAGGAGAAACCGGGCUUUCAUUUGAUAUCACAUAUUUUUAUAUGAAACAUAAUUGAAUGUGAAUAAAAUCUAAUCUGAGAAAUUAAGAAAAUGUGUUAUUUUUCAAGUUCUGCAUGACAUUUUAACUGUGAGUCAUAAUGCUGUUAGAUUUUUCUACAACAAAACACACAUUUGUAUUCAGCAAGGUCUCACUAGUACUACAGUACCCCCAUGUACAGGUUUUAUGAGUUUUUGGAAAUUUACAGGGUCAAAUAUAGUGCUUUCCCCUUUUCUAUUGAAAUUUGCUGGGCCUAUGUUGCCUUUGAGACCAUAUGGCAGCCCAGGAAUGAAAAUUAACCACAUCUUGGCACACCAUUUCUAAAAGUAGACAACCCAGGGUAUUCAAAAUGGGGUACAGUUUAGGCAGUCCCCCUGCUGCAGAUCCCAAGCAAGCUAUACCGACCAUCACGUGGCCCUCGGGGGCUUAAAUUUCAAGGGGGGGGCUGUCAGGCAGUUCCCUAGAAGAGGAUCGCAGCGGAGGUGAGUAGACAGUGACUUCUGGGGCUAAAAGCUGUUAGGGCGUUCUGACACAGUAACUGCUUUAAAGCCCAUUAUAAUGGGGACGGCAUAGAACGGCGUUAAGGGGUUAAUUAGUUGCUAUUGUCUGAAUUAUGGCCUAAUACAUGUUGGAACAACACAUAAACGAAGAAUUAAAAUAAAAUCUCAAGUGAAACCAUUUUGUUUCCAUGCAGGCUGUCAGUCACAGCCAGGGGAGGUGUGGCUAGGCCUGCAUAAACAGAAACAAAGUGAUUUACCUCCCAAAUUGCAGGGAAUUGAUCAGGGACCAAUCUAUAUACUAAAACUGCUUCAUUAAGCUACAGUUGUUUAGGUGACUAUAGUGUCCCUUUAUGGCCUGGCUUGUAGCAUAGCAUAUUUUAAGCACUAGUGCAAUGUAUUAAUGAGUUUUACUACUAUUGGGAGUUCUAAAUUAGGACAAAUUGUGGGGAUUUGUUUUGGUAAUUUUUUUUGUAUUUUAUUUUAUUUUUUUAGCAAAGAUAUCCAAUUUAGUACAAAUUCCCCAAGUAGGCCAUGUUUGUUUGCGUUCAGAUCUCUUGCAAGCUCUUUUUAGAGAUACCAUACUACCAAUAUGUAUAAAUGCAUGCAUGUGUUUAUUGGGGUAUAACUUCUAAAUAGUGUUUUUUUGUUUGUUUUUUGUGUUCCUUUAUAGUAGGGUGUUCCAUUAUUUUCUCAGGCUGGCUACUGUAAAAGGAGAGAUUAAAAUGUUACUAAUGUAAAAGUAGAUGGUAAUACUGUACCUGCUGAUUCUACUUGUUUCCAUGGUAAUUACUUAAGUGAUACAAACAUGAAAUAGGGGAGAUGUGCAUUUUGUUUCCAGUGUAACUGCCCCAUAUUUAGUACUUUAGAACACUUUUUUUGUACAUAACCACCUAUAUAUAGAUGCCAAGAAGUGAGGUGGGGACACAAAAAUCUUGUUUUUUGUGUGUGCUGGUUUUAGAAAUACUGGAGUACAUGCAGUGUGAUCAGUCUAUUCCGAUCACACAACCAUUUUUUUUCAGUAAUAAUGUGUUCUGUCAGACUCCAAUAACUUCUAAUUUUGGAGAAAAUUUGCCUUAAAGGACCACUAUAGUGCCAGGAAAACUUUUUUUUCCUGGCACUAUAGUGCCCUGAGGGUGCCCCCACCCUCAGGGUCCCACUCCCAUGGCGCUGAGGGGGGAGGAAGGGGUUAAUCCCUUACCUUUUUUCCAGCACCGGGCUCCCUCGGCGUUGGGACUCUCCUCCCUGGGUGAAUGCGCACGCACAGCACGUGCCGCUCGCACAUUCAGCCAGUCCAUAGGAAAGCAUUCUCAAUGCUUUCCUAUGGACGCUGGCUUCUUCUCACUGUGAAAAUCAGUCGGAAGCGCCUCUAGCGGCUGUCAAUGAGACAGCCGCUAGAGGCUGGAUUAACCCAUUGGUAAACCUAGCUGGAUCUGGCACCCAGACCACUUCAUUAAGCUGAAGUGGUCUGGGUGCCUAUAGUGGUCCUUUAAGUGUUUUUUAAAAAAAUUUUUAUUAUUGUUAAAGGGACACUAUAGUCACCACAACAACUACAGCUUAAAGGAUCACUAUAGGGUCAGGAACACACAUGUAUUCCUGACCCGAUAGUGUUAACACCACCAUCUAGUCCCCCUGAGGCCACCAUAAAUAUAGUAAAAACCGUACUGUAUUCAAGCCAGAAGCAGUAAAUCUGCAUGCUGUUAGACUCAGGAAAAACAAGCAGUCUGCUGAUGUGGUAGCCUGAUCCAAUCACAGUGCUUCCCCAUAGGAUUGGCUGAGACUGACAAGGAGGCAGAUCAGGGGCAGAGCCAGCAUGAUUCAAACACAGCCCUGGCCAAUCAGCAUCUCCUCAUAGAGAUGAAUUGAAUCAAUGAAUCUCUAUGAGGAAAGUUCAGUGUCUGCAUGCAGAGGGAGGAGAUACUGAAUCACAGGAUGCUGUGCACAGUGCUGCCCUGUGCUCUGCUGACAGCAGAUCUGAGUGGAUGGAGGCAUAUUAUGCCUUCAUCAACUCCGAAGUCCCUCUGGUUCACUCUGAGUGACUGCAACUGGAGGUGUUCCUAGCUUUCAAUGUAAACACUGUAAUGCAGUGUUUACAUGAGAGAGGCUGCAGGGAGCUAUAGUUCUCACCUGAACAACCUCAUUAAGCAGAAGUUGUUCAGGUGACUAUAGUGUCACUUUAAUGUAGUUGUUCUGGUGAGUAUAGUCAGUCUCUGCAGGUUUUUUUGCAGUAAACUCUUUUCAGAGAAAAGGCAGUGUUAGAUUACAGCCUAGGGACACCUCCAGUCGCCAUUCCUCAGACAGCUGCUAUAGGUGCCUCCUAUGGCAGUGCUGCACAGUGUGACUGACAUUCAGUAUCUCCACUCUCUGCAUGGAGACACUGAACUUUCAUCAUAGAGAUGCAUAUUUUCAAUUCAUCUUUAUGAGGAGAUGCUGAUUGACCAGGGCGGAGUUUGGCUCCAUCCCACGGCCUGUCUCCUUGGCUGAGAUAAUCAGAAUAAUCUCAGCCUAUCCAGUGCUUUCCUAUGGGAAUUUCUGAUGAGGGGGCCUAAUGUGCAGCAAGUGCCCUGCACGCAUUAGGACUUCCCCAUAGUAAAGCAUUGCCUCUGUUAUCAUAGUAAAGCAUGGCCUCUAUGGGGGUUUUCUCUGACGCUUGAUGUCCUCAUACAGAGCACGAAGAAGUCCAGUGUUUUUUCAUGGUGUGUAACUCCUGGAAGUGCCUCUAUUUUUGCAUUGCAGUACUAAGAGGGACAGGGACACUGUACCAAACCACUUUAAUGAGAUGUAGUGGGCUGGGUGCCUAUGGUGUCUUCUUCAUUUUGUGGUCCAUCUCCACCUCCUUAGUAUAAGUCUUUGGGACAGCCUUUACCUCCCUCUUGUGUUCUAGUUAGAGGACUCAUUAGCUGCACUUAAAUGUAAUUGUGUUUUUUUGAGGAAUUACUUUGAUAUCUUUCUGACUUAUGCACGUCAAAGUGCGCUGCAAGAGUUAAAUUGCAGCCAGAGACUCUCCAUAGUGUUAGUUGUUUUUCCAAAAUUGUCCACUGUACUGACAAUUCAUUGAGAAUAUGAGAAAUCCUCCCCCACUUCCAGUGACAGUCUGUAUUCCUAUUGGGAUUCUCUUGCAGCUAAAAAGGAGCAAAAAGCCUAUGACAUAGUUGGGAAAGUGGUAAUGUAAUGCAGAGACUUGGGUGCCCAGAAUGCCUAUGAUAUCUUUAUGUAAGCGGAGUAGAGCAGCUCCAGAGUGGAGGAGUUAAUUGUCUGGCACGGAAUUAAUAGGUUAGCACGUGCUGAUGAGAUUUUCCAGAGCAGUGAGCUGGGCUCACAGCUGCAGCCAUUUUUACGGUGUUUUUCUGUUCUUCCUCUUGCAUUGACAUUUGUAGUGAUGCUCCGUCAGCUUUUAAAGCCAGGCUUCCUGUUUGCCCAUCAUCUUUCCUAAACUGUCAAUCCUUUAGCUUGUAAAGGUGUGUGUUUAAAGUAUUGCAAAGUGCAAAAAAAGUCUACCUGCCAAUCCACACGGCAUUUUGCUGCACUUUUUACCCACCGAUAAUUACUUGCUUUCUGUUUUAUUUCUGUUUUGCAUGGACUGCUUUUACCAGCCAUAUUAAUGUCCGGACAGCUGCUGUUAUUUAUUAGAAGGGAGGGUGUAUUUGUCUGAAUGGGCCCCUCCGUCAGGAGUUGGCAAGCAGGGACUUCUCCCAGCAGUAAAAUGACACCAGGCUUCUCCUCCAUUUUCUAACGAAAUCUGCAGAGUGGGAAAGUAACUGGAGUUGGAAACAUCUUAUUUUUUUUUGGGACUCUUGCUGCAUAGCUAGCAUCUCACCCCCCCUUCCCGUGUGGAUAGCCAUCAGGUUUGUGUUGUGUGCGUGCAGCCACCCUUGUCCCUUUUUCUGUAUUUUGGCUUUCUUUUGCUGCAGUGCACAGAAAGCUGGCAAACGCUGCGGUAGUGCUGUGCAUGUUUAUGUUUUUGGUUUGUUUUUAUUCUCCCUAUUUUUUGGCACAAUGUAUUCAAAAUGAGGGGUAGCAGACUUUUUAUUAGCAAUGCAUAAAGUGGGCAAGUGGUGUAAUUACAUUAAUGUGUGUGCUUAAUUUGAUUACAGACUGAGGAUGUUAUUUGUGAUAUUGAGAGAAAGAAGUCCGAAGCUACAUUAAAUUAGGCUCUGGGCUAGUGGAGGUAGUGUUGCGUGCAUGCAUAUUAUUGUAUUUAGCCACUAUGUCACACAAUUUUUGAUGUGCUUGCUUUGAAUUUUUUUUUUUUUGCCUUUUAGGCAAAGAAGUGUGGUCCAACUGUCCCUUUCUUUGUAGGACAUUAAUGUUGAUUGCAGUCAUAAAAACGUGACUCACCAUGAGCAGAAAAUAAAUAGUAAGGAUCGGGACCUACUGAGCAUUGUAUUUUAAAUGAAUGUCUCUGCUGUUUUAAAUUUCCUAAAAGUGUUACUUUCUUUUCAGCGGCCACCUACUAGCCUCCCCGUAUUCAGACUAGAACCAGUGAUUGCUUGUUCACUGCACAGCUAGAGGAAUCUGCUGAUCCCUGGCUAAACUCUUCACCGUUUAUUUCAAAGUGCGUCACUGUUGUUCCAUUGAAGACAUACCUUAUUUUAAUUUUGUUUUUAAAAAAACAAACAUGCGAAUGUGCAGUAAUGUGUAUUCCUUUUAAUUUUGGCAUAGAUUUUAUUAGGAAGAAUCUAUAUAUUUCUACAUUGAUAAAAGCAAUUAGGAAAUAAAUAUAUUUUUGGAUGCAACGCAACAUGUUAUGUAUUCCUUUAGUGGGAGGACAGUUGGUGUCACAUGGCUAGAUGUAAUGGGGCCUAGGAAAUGAUUUAACUCUUCAGUCACCAGUGAAUAAGAAGUUUGCGUUGUACGAUUUUUUUUUUUUCCCCUGCCGUUGUGUGCAUUAGUUCGAGUUCUUGCUUUUUAAACAAAUCUUAAAUGCACUGUAAUUUAAACAAGUAUUUACCAUGUCUAUUCUCCCCUGUAUGCAUACGUGCUGCAGGCAUUGUGUUAAUCUUUUUAUUUAACCUUUUGAUUUUUCAGUAGAGCGGUAAUGCACGAUGUUGGCUUUCAAGCCUCAGGACCUAUGUUCCUCAUGUAAACACCAUCCCUUGACAGCUUUCUACAGUACCCAUGUUGCAGGCUGAUGGCAGUUUUAAAGGCUUCAACUUUGUGUUAUUUACAAGCGCAGGUUGUGAAGCGCAAACCUGUUAAAACUCUUUGACAUGCCUAUGAUCAGUAUUUCUAGUGCUAUGCAUUGCUUUUUUGCUGCAGACAAUGAACUGCUUAAAUUUAAUUUUUCUAUGUGCUCCUCUGGUCACUGGCUUGGUUUGAAUUCUAGUUUAUAUUAUAUAAACUUAUUUUUGUUGGCUGAAAACAUCAGCUUGCUUGCUAGAAUACAUCAUUACAUGCCUGCUUUUUCCUCGUAUCCUUUUCAACUUUCAACUUUUUUUUUUUUUUUUAAAUCCUUAACCAGUACAUCCCUUAUUUGUAUAUAAUAACUUAUUGUGCUAUUUUUCCAGGUUCCGUUUACUUGUAAGUAAAAGGAACAAUUUUCAUAGAACGAAACUUCAUGCAUGACUCCUGUAGUCCAUGUACUUUUGGAGCCAUAUAGGAUCUAUCUAGAUAGCUCUGGCUGUACUGAAAUUGGCUAAGAGAUCUCAGACAGUUCUUGGUCCAAGAGGACAUUUCUGCAGGAACUGCAGAGCUUGCAAAUAUGUAUCUAAUGUUUAACACGCGAUGAUGGGUGUUGAUUUUACACUGAUUCUUGCCAUCUAUAUGAGCAUGGUGCUUUACAGCCUAAUGAGUAUCACACACGUUGUGUGUCAGGAAGUCUGCCAGGUAGCCAUCAGGAAGCAAUAUUCCCUGCCUCCUGGUUUUGAAUGAAAAUAAGGCUCUGGUUGCAGAGAACUUACCUUAGAGUUUUUCUCUCUAUUGCUUAAUUGUCUGUCUCUGUGAGAAGCAGAGAUUGUGUCUGUGACCUGGGCUGGUUGCACAUUAUACAGUGAAGAAAUGAGGCUCCCUUUGCAAAGCAUAAAAUGUCCUGUAUAGUUAAGUACAUAUUGGUUUAAAGGCAGUGUUUUGUUUUCCCCCUUAAUGCCUCCGCGUAUAUUAAAGAAACAGAUAUUUAAAAUGGCUCUUUAAUGACGUCAUUUUAUUUCAUUGAUAUUUGUGCUACCCAGAUAAAUGCCAAUCUAGUAGUUAAUGCUUCCUUGAGUUUAUUAAAUUUCUAUAUUACUCUUUAUCAUUUACUACACAGUGCCAGAUCAAAUACUAAGCCAGCCUCAGCCUGUCAUCGGGAUUAUUGGCAUUUCCACAGGAACCAGCAGUCAAAAUAAUAAUGCCAAGCGGCUCUUACCAAACAGUCUGCAACCGGUGCCUCGUUAUCCUUCCUGCGAAGUACCACCUCGAUUCCGACACCACGAACAGAAACAUCUUCUGAAGCGUGGUCAGCAGCUACCGUCCACUGCGGCCAGGGUGGGGUUAGCCUCUAACCUGCUAAACCAAGAGUCCACAGUUGACCCUGUUCAGUGUACGGAUCACACAGAAGGCAAAAACGUGAAGGACAGUUGCAAAAGUCAACCAGGUAAAGGGAAAGUGUUCGCUAUGACGACCUAAAUCUAGGUGGUAUUACAGGCUGCUUUCAAGGAGCUGUCCUGUUCCUUACUGAUGAAUGAGGGAUAGGGCUUUUAUUUUUUAUUGCAUGCAGAAAGAAGAGGGCAAAGAAUCACAACCAAUAAAUCUGUCAAGUCAAAGGCCUGGAAAUACGGGACUGGUUUAUAAAGUCAUGGAGCUAGAGAUAGGACAUGUCUGGGAUGUGGGAGCAAGUAGGGCAGGAUGGGAAACGCAGAGGAAUACUUAAUGAACUAAAAAGAAAAAUCACUGGAUUUCAUAGAAUUUUAUUUUUCUCCCUACCUGUCAAUUAGUUUUUGCCCUUCUUUAUUUUGUGGGACUUUAAUCCUAUCUGUUAUUAUAAAUUGAUGCAAUAGUGCUACAUUUUAACUUUAAGUCUGAAUUCUCAGUCGCUGUUUAGUUUGGUUUAGUUUUUGUGUAGCAGUUAAAUGCUCUGACGUAUCUAUUUUAGUAGUUCAUAUAUUUUAAGUAAUUAGCUUUAUAGAGAUAUAGAAAAUAACUCCCCCUCCCCCUGUUCCAUUCCUCCCUUCAUCCACUCCCCCUUUCCCCUCCUUUACCCACCCUCCCCUUUUAUUUUUUUUCUUUGCUUUUUAUAGGCAUGCCUCCCAUUCGGGAUUUGGUCAGUCACUCCCCUAACCAGCUAGGUGAAUUAUCAAUUUUGUUCUAUUGUCUCUUAUUAAUUUAUUUAUAAUUCUUUUUAAAUCUUGUGGGUACUAUACCUUUAUUUGGGUGUUUUGUGGUCAUAUGCCGGGUGAAGGUGCUUAAUAUUAUAUUUGCUUGUCUUAUUUGCUUCUCCGCUAACGUUUGUGUUGACGACUGCAGCCGAUUUGCAUGUUAACGCCAGUUUUGUACAGCUUCCACUCGCGCUUUUUGUAAUUGUGUGAUUUUAAACAAGUUUUUAUUUGUGGAUUUUUUUAUUUUUUUAUUUUAUUUCUAAGCAAUUGAUGGGAACAGAAUAUUUGACCUAUUCUAUUACAGUCCUGGUAUCAUGAAAUAUGGCAUGUUGAAUGCUAGUAUAGCCAAUUUCCUCAGCAGUUGUUGACUGAUGAUUGCUACCUUGGGGCUGGAGCAAUACUUUGAACUGUUACCUUGAUCCUCAGCCAACAUUCAGGAAAUGUAGGAGAUAAUAGAAUUAAAUCAAUAGAUUUCAGUGGUAGUGGCAUUGCGCAUUUGGAAGCGACUCCCAUUCGUUUUGUAGCCCACCAAAGGAAAAGUGGAAAAUAGUUUAGAACAGAGUGCCCAAAAGUGAAUUUUCUUUGGAAAAUGUUAAAAAAACUGAUUUAACUGCGCAUAUAUUUUUAUAUCUAGUAUAAUAUAAAAGGGGGUGAUACAUUUCCUAAUUACCACAGCUGAAAGUAAGCAAGAAUCUGUACCUGUUGACUUUACAUCUUUUCUCAUACUAUUCAUACUAACAUGCUAUUCACUUUUCAAUAAAGCCCAGAAACAUAAAGGGAUACUCCAAGCACCAUCAUUAAAGUGGCUAUGGUGUCUGAAGUUUCCUGAAUCUAUCCCAUUGUUCAGUUUUACAGUUUGGUUUAAAACUGGGUCUUGUGCCUCCCCCACCAGUGGAGAUAUGGCUAAGGUGAAAUGUGUCAUUACCAAUAGCAAGUCAUAGUAGAGGUGGACAAUUUUGAUUGACGAGCGUGCUCGGUUAACACACUAAGCCUGUCUCUGCUCCUUGGGCUUGUGGUUAAGCAUUAAACCAAGCAGCAGAGGGGAGCUGCAUUGUUGAGUGCCUGGGGUCCCUCAUGCUGUGUCAAAACAUUAAACUGUGGGUGCCAGUAGACCCCAGGCACCAUAACCACUUCAGUAAAGUAUUGUGAUUACAGUGCCUAGAAUGUCACUUUAAGAAACUUGCAGAGUUAAGGCGUUAAAUGAAAGUUUGUUUACAUGGUACGUUAAUUUUGGAAUAGAGAUAAAGUAUGUCAGUAACUUUCUACAGAAAAGAAAUAGUACCUUGGGACCAGUAGUAUUAUUUAUAGAAAAUUCGGGUGAAACCUCUAAACCCCCAUUUCCAAACCGGUCUCCUUUUCCCAACUAGCAGUUUUUACAUCCAGCCCCUCCCCUUUGUCCUUUUGGGCCUCACGUCACUGCUGCUGUUUACAAAGCUAGUUUAUUUUUACUGAAUGAUUCCGUACUAUUGGAAUCUGUUUUGUUACUUCCCAUGAAUAGCUGGGCGACAGCAGCUUUAAGACCUGCUGCUAGAACCACAUUCAAAUUUUUACGUGCACGCUUAACAUUUCAGGAUGGCUCCAGGCAAGUCAGACAUAUUAUGUAUAAGCAAGAUUAAGUGAGAGAUUUAUUCAAAACAGAAAAGUUCCAUUAACAUGUUUACUGUGAGUUUGAGAAUAAAUAAGGCCCCUAAUGCAUCUAAAUAUACUGUAGUGGGGAUAGGAAUAGCUACUAUAUAAAUAUGUAGAAAGCAAAAACAAAUACCAUUAGAACAAAAAGGCAAUUAUUUUUAUUUUAUUUUUAAUUUCCACAAUUUUACUUCAGUUUGUGGUUAAUUAUUGAGGGAGGGGACAACUUUUUAUAUUAAAUAAUCAGGGCUUAAAAUUUCUAAUUUUAUUCUUACUUGUCAUGGCAAAUCUUCUACCUGACCUUUAAAAAUAAAAAAUAAAGUUUUGGACUGAUUUUUAUUAGCUUCUUAUGAGGAAUAGAGAAAGUUAAUUGUGAUUGCUCUCUCACUGUCUAGCAUGUGUCCAGUCUGUGUUUCAAGUAAACCGUGCCUGAUUUACUCAGAUGCAAACCACUGGGAUCAGGCUCAACUAAAAGAUGUGACACGUUAAGCUAUAAAUCUUAAAUCCUAAAGUUGACCACAAACUAUAAUUAACAUGCCAAGAUGGCGCCCUCCCUCAGCAAGCGAAGGUAAAAGACAGGUGAGUCAGCCCACUCCUAUCAGUGGCAAAGACAGGGUAUUUGCAGGAAAGUGCCCAUAGGGUGUUCUUAGGAUGUUUCCCCUACACUAUGUUCCUACUUCAUAGUCAAGAACACCGCAUUUCGGUCUCUGAUCUUCUCAAUGACCAAGUCCUGUUCCAUCUCGAGGUAACAUGAGGGUCUGAAUACAGGUUCUGUGUCAGGCAGUUGGUCCUCCGUACUUGAGAAUGCUUUCGGCCCAGUCAGAUGGCUAGAUGGUCGAGCAGGUGUCUGCCAGAGCUUGAUGCCCAGAGGGGGUUUGUGAUGUGGAUUGAGGUGUCCCAUGCAGACCAGUGUCUCAUGGGCAAGGAAGGCGUUUGGAGACAGCCAGCUACCCGGGUCCAGAAAUCUUGGCAUAUUUGGUUGAAUCUGGCCUCAAAGCUCCGCACCCAAUCCUGACCCCCUGGGUCUGCUUUCUGUAGCAGAGGCCUCACUCUGGUAGCCAUCUUUAAUAAAUCACACUGUCUUAAGAGCAGAAGAAGUCCGGGUAACCACCUUGGUGUAGGUAGUGCGUCCAGUGGGGACCGGGAUUACCUCCACCGGUCCUGGAGGUGGGGGGGAGGGCUGCAGGGUUUCAGCGCGGUCCCAAUUGGGAGAACGGCCGCCUCUCCCAGCCACAGGGUUCACAAUCCCUGUAGGCCACAGAUAGCCAGGUUCUCAAUAGAAAUUUGCAGAAAGGAAUAUUUCGGGACCCACAGUAUCCACUUUAGUAGAGAUGCCUGCUGUACUGGAUUCUGAGCUGUUUGCCACUAUUUCUUUGCCAUUUUAGCUGUAAUUGAGCUCACUUUGGAGGGAGCUCCUAGAAAACACGUCUUGUCAGCUUGCAGGUCAGAUCCUGCCCCCCAAGUGGACAUUUUGAGCUCUGAUGUCUUUUAUCUUGCAAAACUGCAUGUAUUGUUUGACACACUCUAAUAUUCUUACACCUUUUAUAUGUAAUUGAAAUUAUUUUUUGUAAUAUAAAGUUUAAGGAGCAUGGAGCAUAGUUGCGUUUUUAUGAGAUGCAAUUUUCAAAGUGUCAACAAGCUGCUGGGGGUAUAGUAGGGCUCGACAAAUCCCAGAACUUCAUGGCAACUAGAAUUUUUUUUUUUUCCUGGCUCUUGGGGUUUGUCAGCCCUUUAGCUAAGGCGAUUUCCCAAGGGAGCAUUUAUGCCAGCCACUGUGGGGAACACUGGAGCAAGGAGAUGGCAAGCAAGGGCGCAGUAAUAUUUAUGCAGUCCCUCUCUGUUCCCUUGUGCGCUGUUUAGUGAUGCCCGGAGCCGGAAUAUGACAGUACUCUGGCCUCUGCGUCGCUACAGAGAGAAACUGCAGGAAGGUGAUCAGAGCAGCCAGACAGGACCCCAGGGAAGGAUCCACUCGACUCUCUAAAUUGACACACUCCUAAAUUUAAAUUUUUUUUUUUGUUUUAGUGUGUAUGUAUAUGUCUGUCUAGGUACCUUUAUUUACAACCAGAUUUCAUAUUCAGAAUAAUACAUUUUCAGAUUUGUUUAACCGUUAUAUCAGAACGGAUUUUGGUAUAUGCCAUUAGAAAUGUAUAGAGGAUGAUGAAAUGACUGCAAGGCAAACAAUCUCCAGAUUAAUAGGUUUAUCACCCAUGUUUGGAGAACACUUUAAAUUAAAGGUUUUCAUUGUGUCCACAUAGGUUUGCAGAAUAACAAUGGGAUUAAGGACUUUUUCUGAACUUUGUUAUAAAUUUUUUGCUUUGAAAAGGUGCUUAUUUCUGCAGACACGUUUAACUUGGAUUUAUGGAAAAUGUAAAUAUUGCAUGAAUAUACAGCCUCAUACUGCACAACUAAUCCAUGUUACAUGCUGAAUAACCUUUGGAUUAAAAUGUAUCCUUAGAUAGUUUCUUCUUCCAAAAGGGUUUCAGAUUUAAAUGUAAAAAAAAUUCAUAAUUUUACCCUAAAAUAACUAAAUUUUUAUGCACUCUAUCUACUUAGCCAAGAUGUUAAAAUGUCUUAAUCUGAUGAGACCCUGAUUAUUUAUGGCAACACCUUACUUUUUUUUUUAUAUUCUAAAAACUGUACUAUAAUGGAACCGUCCUAAGCAUGUAACUCUGCAGUGACCCUAUUACAUUUAAUACUGAAAAUAUUUCAAAGCAUGGCUUUGGUUUAUUCUGCUAUAAUGUGCCCAAGACCGCAGUCGAUCUCCGUAACAUGCUAUUAUUUGUACAGGCUGCUCUUAAAGGUGUCUUGUAAAUUUAAGGUGAGGCAAGCUCAUAUUGCCAUAGAUUUGACAGAUAUUAUCCAUUAGAGGGAUGAAAUGGCAUUUAUGGCCUGGUGAGAUUUUCUUUAGAAAUGAUCAAAACCAGCGGUGAGCUAAAGCUGGUUUUGAUCCAGAAAUCUCAUAUUCCAUAUGAAGUAUCUAUAUAAUAUUGAUUUUGACAAUAGAUUUAUUUUGCUUGAUGUCUUAUUUUUUUAAUAACCAAUGUUAUUCAUUUCUUUCCAGAUCUCAAUCACAGUAGUCUGGGAUCCCACUAUGAAAGUUCUCAUUGGGGAUCGGUCUCUUCCAGCGGUGAUUCUGGCACAAACUGGGAUAAAGUUAUUGUAGACGGCACAGAUAAAGAGGAGUGGCCAUCAAUCACUGGCAGCAGCUCAGACUUGGCAACAGAAUGUAUGCAUAUUGACUCUUUCCCAAACUCUGGAGCUGAAAAGAGCCACUCUAUGCCCUUUGGGGGGGUGAUUGAAGAAAUGGAUACUGUGAGGAAUGGCAUUGGGCAUAGUUCUCAGAGCAAACAUUUGGUCAACAGCAAUAAUGCAAGCAGUGGAAGUAUUAAUGGGCCUUGGGGAAUCCCCAAUGGAUCCAUGAUAAGCACAUGUCAUGAUGGCCCUGAUAGCAAAGCUGAUAACAGGCACAGCAAAAUCAAAGCAUGGGGUACUGCAAAUACGUCGAAUGGAGUUCUCAAUUCAAGCACUUUGAAUAUGAACGGUAACCAUGGUGCCUGGCCCGUUUUAGAAAGCAAUGGACAUUCCCUAAAAGGGUCUAGUAAUUCUGGCACAAAUGUUCCAAGCAGUACUACAGGCCAGGUGCCCAACAAUCGUACUCUUAACCCAAAACUGGGCAAUCGUGCCCCUAACUCCUGGGGAAAUGUUCAGGAGAAUGGUGAUGUUGAACUGAAUGGUACACGCAAGGCUGGUUAUAAUGUGCAACCUCAAACCCAUAACACUGAAAUGACUGGACCAAAUAACACUACUAACUUUAUGACCUCUAGUUUACCAAACUCUGCUGGCUUAAUCCAGACAAACGAACUGCCUAACUCUACAGGGCACGGGGGCUGGAAUACAAGCAACAUGAAUCAUUCUCCACUUCACGCCUCUUCAGUUACAAAUGGCACUUCCAGUCCACACCUAAGCAAUGGUGAGGAUAAAAAUGGCGGAUCAUAUGGUACUACGUGGGGUAACUGCAAAAAUUCAGUACCUAAAGGGCAAGCUAUUAAUGACACUGUGAAUGCGACUGUAAUCCAAACGGCCACAAAUGGUCCAAAUUGUAAAGUCAAUGGGACUGCAAUGCAUUGGAGCAAUGGAAAUGGAGGGACUUCUGGAGGAGGUCACCGUAGAUUUGCAAACCCAGCACAAAACACUGGCACUAAUCUAGCAAAUGGUGAUUGGAACAAAAUGCCUAACAACCAGCAUUCCAAUGAUGGAGAAAACAUAGAAAAAAGUGAUAGAAAAGUUUCAAACCCUCGGAAAUAUCCUGAGGAAGAGAAUGGGGUUCAAACGUCAACAGAUUCUAAAGCCAAUGAGUCUAGUAAGGUAUACGCCAAAAGUACAGGUACUGAGGAAACUGAAGGUAGCCUAGACAGCACUGGAAACCAGGGUGAGCAAGCCAUUGGGGUCGAGAGUGCAGAAGUUCAGAACGUGGAUGAGGAAACAGAAUUUCAGUGUAUUGUAAUUAAAGAAGACCUGGACCCUCGGGUUCUGAGCAACGAAGGCUGGGGAACGACUCCAAUUAGACAGGACACUCCCUGGGAAAUAGAAGCUGCUUUUCUGUGGGAUGACAGAACUGACAAUGGAACAGCUGUUUGGAUGCCAUAUCUGUCAGAGACUAACUCAGGGGGAUUGGUGGGCAAACACAACCCUAACAGAAAUGAAACCUUAUCAUUAUCUGGACGGGGAGAUCCAAAGCCUACUACAGGGUCGGGUAAUGCCAAAGGCACCAUAAGCCGAGGGGAAUGGGAAGAUCAAUUUGCUGCUACUACUGGAAUGGUCAAGAGCAAUCAAUCACGAGGGACUGGUAAAGAGGACAGAUCCAGUUGGAAUGACGGACAAAAGGUCAAACAGGGGUAUGGAGGGCACCAUAGUAAUAACUUUGGGGAUAAUUCUAAGAGUAAUCGAUGGGGUGGAUCAAAGGCAAGUUCUGACAGUGACAGAUCAAUGUCUGGUUGGAAUGACUCUAGUAGAUCUAACUCCUGGGGUAAUACAUGUGGAUAUUCUAAUAACACAUUUGAGUCUUCUAAGGCAAGCUCAAACCAGGGAUUUGAGCCCAGCAAAGGCAAUGGGGAGGGUAACAAAUAUGGCCCAGCUCAAACUGAGAGUGAUCACCCCAAAUCCAAUAAUUCAAUGGAAUGGAACAAGAACUCUGAAAACGGAUCGUGGGGAGUGCAAUCUAACCACAAUAAACAAUCUAGUUGGUUAGGUGGACCAAUGCCAACUGCAUCAAAGGAAGAAGAGAUGUCUGGUUGGGAACCUUCAUAUCCACAGUCCAACAGACGCAAGCAGGAGAUAGAUGAUGGCACCUCAGCUUGGGGUGACCCCAGUCAAUACAAAUACAGGAAUGUUAACAUGUGGGACAAUAACGCUCCAAAUGCCACCAAUGGGGCAGACCAUCAAUCUCAACUACAUCAAAUGCCCCCACCAUCAAGUGCCGUGCCAAACAAAGAAAACAGCAGCAACUGUUCUGGUGAGAGUCUGGGGAAUUCAGAUAGAUUAAUAUAUCUAUAGAACCCCAGACAGAAAUGGGAUACGGCUGUACAAUCUAUAGAGGGAACAUAUAAAGGAAAAAAACACAAUAGUGUAAUACAGUAAAUACAGUGAAUAAUGCGCUUAAAUGGAUGCACUCACAAGAUGAUGAAGAUGAAAAAGCAUUCAUAGGGUGCCUCCCCAGAUAGCAUAGGGGGCUAGUGGUUUCCCCUAUCCGAUGUAAAGCGACCAAUGGAACACGGGACUCCAGGUAAGUAAUAGUAGAAAAGCAAUACUUUUAUUUUCUUAAAAGGUGAACAAGCACCAUAAGAAUAAAGGUUUAAAAGUGCAGCAAUAGGUCCAACGCAUUUCGUUCAAGACUAGAACUUCAUCAGGGACCGCACAGUAAAAAAAUCACAGACAAUAUCAUAGAUUGUAAAAUAACAUCCUACUUUCCCCUUAACAGAAUCUCUAUAUAUAGGGCUAGUCCCAAAGUCCCAUUGGUCCAUAGUGUAGGAGUAUCCAGUAGCCAACCAAUCAUCUAUCCAGGGGUAUUGUCCUCCAGCUGAUAGUGUUUGGGUAGUUUAAAAAGGGCGCGUUCAAUGUGAAAGCCGAAACCGGAAGUGGAUGUCUGCCUUCACUUCCGCGUUCCAUAUGCGUUCCAAACACGCUCCAAAUGCGUUCCAAAAACAUUCACUGCUCUUUUUCAACUAGAACAGCGAGGAGCCAUCAAUAUAAGUGAUCAUCAAAAGGACAAAGCCCAAAAGUGUUAAAUGCAUUAAAUGUAAUUAAUCUCUAGAAGAAGAAAAGUGAAUUAAUGCAUGUAAUAUACAACCAUGUUAAGAUAGUUCAUAUGGAACUUCCCCACAUAUUAUAUAUAUGACAAUAUCAUACACCAUUAAAUAGUGCCAUGUAUGUCUAUUUAAAGUGACAAACAUCUCAUUAUUCAAAAAAUAAGAACACAAAUAAUAUAUUCCUAAAAAAAGUUCCCUCAAUAUCAAUAAUAAUAAUUUUAAACCAUAUAACCUGCAAGGUACACCUAACUAUAUAAUAUAAAGAUUUUUUUUUUUUUUUUAAUUAUAUAAAUUAUGAAUUGUAUUGAUUAAUUGUCUUUAAUCAAUACAAUUCAUAAUUUAUAUAAUUAAAAAAAAUAAAAAUCUUUAUAUUAUAUAGUUAGGUGUACCUUGCAGGUUAUAUGGUUUAAAAUUAUUAUUAUUGAUAUUGAGGGAACUUUUUUUAGGAAUAUAUUAUUUGUGUUCUUAUUUUUUGAAUAAUGAGAUGUUUGUCACUUUAAAUAGACAUACAUGGCACUAUUUAAUGGUGUAUGAUAUUGUCAUAUAUAUAAUAUGUGGGGAAGUUCCAUAUGAACUAUCUUAACAUGGUUGUUGUAUAUUACAUGCAUUAAUUCACUUUUCUUCUUCUAGAGAUUAAUUACAUUUAAUGCAUUUAACACUUUUGGGCUUUGUCCUUUUGAUGAUCACUUAUAUUGAUGGCUCCUCGCUGUUCUAGUUGAAAAAGAGCAGUGAAUGUUUUUGGAACGCAUUUGGAGCAUGUUUGGAACGCAUAUGGAACGCGAAAGUGAAGGCAGACAUCCACUUCCGGUUUCGGCUUUCACAUUGAACGCGCCCUUUUUAAACUACCCAAACAGUAUCAGCUGGAGGACAAUACCCCUGGAUAGAUGAUUGGCUGGCUACUGGAUACUCCUACACUAUGGACCAAUGGGCCUUUGGGACUAGCCCUAUAUAUAGAGAUUCUGUUAAGGGGAAAGUAGGAUGUUAUUUUACAAUCUAUGAUAUUGUCUGUGAUUUUUUUACUGUGCGGUCCCUGAUGAAGUUCUAGUCUUGAACGAAACGCGUUGGACCUAUUGCUGCACUUUUAAACCUUUAUUCUUAUGGUGCUUGUUCACCUUUUAAGAAAAUAAAAGUAUUGCUUUUCUACUAUUACUUACCUGGAGUCCCGUGUUCCAUUGGUCGCUCUACAUCGGAUAGGGGAAACCACUAGCCCCCUAUGCUAUCUGGGGAGGCACCCUAUGAAUGCUUUUUCAUCUUCAUCAUCUUGUGAGUGCAUCCAUUUAAGCGCACUAUUUACUGUAUUACACUAUUGUGUUUUUUUCCUUUAUAUGUUCCCUCUAUAGAUUGUACAGCCGUAUCCCAUUUCUGUCUGGGGUUUUAUGCAUAUGUUAAGAUCGUUUGUUGUGGAUAACGAUCCCGGGAGGCUGCAUAUUGAUUGAAGUUAAGUAAUUUAUUUAAUUAGAACACUUAUCUAAAGGUGUUCGUUUGUUUGUUUUCAGAUUAAUAUAUCUAUUUGAAUUUCCUUUUUGUUUCCUUUUAUUCCAUCUUAAUGUGCUUGUUGUAAUGUGCCUCGUUUAUGCAAUUGAUGUCUAUAAAUAUUUAAUUUCUUUCAAAAAACAAAGAAACCUAAAGGAAGUCUUAAUGAAACUCAUGCCCAUAGAAUAUUACAAUUUUACAGUAGGUAUUGGCCAGUCUCGUUUUAGAGGAAUUGAGUUUGUAACCGUUUUUGUACUUUCCUGUUAAAGGGACACUAUAGUCACCAGAACAACUACAGGUUAAUGUAGUUGUUCAGGUGAGAUCUAUAGCUCCCUGCAGGCAAUCUAGUGCCGUCCAGUGGCAGUCACUCAGACGGCCACUAGAGGGACUUCCUAUCAUGUAUGGCCCUAAAAAGGCCAUGUACACGUCAGAUGUAUUAAAAUACGUCUGGCGUGUGCAGGAGAGAGAAGGCCCUGUGUGCGCGCCUUCUCUCUCCUGCCUGUCAGGAGAGGUGGCGGGCAAAGACCGCGAGCUGAGUUGUCAGCGGAGUUGUAUUGUGCUCAGGACUUCAUAGGGCGGCAUGAAUGCCGCCGUAUGAAGUGUGUGCGCAUGUGCAGCGAAGCUGCGCAUGCGCACAAGGGAGCAAUGACUCUUCCGAAUGGAAGCGUCUGAUUGCUCCCUGCUAGCGCCCACCUUUUUCGUCAUUUUGACGAAAUAGGGGGCGCGGCUUCACGAGGCUCCUGGCGCUGGAAAGAGGGGAGUAAAAAGGGCUGCCUGGAGUGUCCCUUUAAGCCCCCUAAAAAUCUUUGCUGGUGUGCAUUGGUGGCAAGUGGAAAACAUUUCCCAAAGAGCGUUACUUCAUGUUAAACAGAUGGAACAUGCAGAGAUGAUAAGAUAAAUGCAGACUUUAGCAACCCUUAAAGGAUACCUAAAACCAGUUAAAAAAUUGUUCUCACAAGGGAUAGUGGAAUAGACCUCCCAAAGGUGGUCCUUCUGCGCUCCCAAGCUUACCAACUGUUGCUAUGGAAACAACAUAGCAGACACUGUAACGCAAAAAAGCCAGUGUGACGGCGUGACUGAAGAGGUUUGGGGAAGCAUUCCCAAGCAGGGCAAAUGAAAAGAUUAGAGCAGGAGCUGAGGGUGGAAUGGAUAUGAGAAUUACAUGAAGGAUAACCUCCACAAAUCUCUGAAGAUGGCAGAGCUGGAACAGGUUGAGGUGAGUAUACCUUCAUUUGUCUACAUUGAAUACAUCAUGUAUCUUCGUGAAGUAUUCAAUGUAUAUGAGCUGAUUUAAGGACCAUGUAUUUUUCAUUUAUUUUUUUAAAGGGAAAAACUUCAUAGAAAAAAAUGUAAUCAUAUGAGUGAGUAGUUGCUUUCAUUAUACCUUGCUGAACAGUUUCCACUCUUGCCCCUGGCUCUUCUGGAGCUCUGCUGGUUUCAUUGAUCUGUGGUCUGCCAGCCCUGGGACCAUCUGGCUAUAGUCACUCCAGUAAAAUAUCAAGUUUUCCUCGAGUAACCAUUUUCAGCAAACUUUUUUUCAUAAUCCUCUCCAAAGGCAAAAAAGGCACAGAAACAUUGCAACUUUUUACUUUCUGAUAGAAACAUAGAAUGAGACGGCAGAUAAGAGCCAUUCGGCCCGUCUAGUCUGCCCAAUUUUCUAAAUACUUUCAUUAGUUCCUGUCCUUAUCUUACAGCUAGGAUAGCCUUAUGCCUAUCCCAUGCAUGUUUAAACUCCUUCACUGUGUUAACCUCUACCACUUAAGCUGGAAGGCUAUUCCAUGCAUCCACUACCUUCUCAGUAAAGUAAUACUUCCUGAUAUUUUUAAACCUUUGCCCCACUAAUUUAAGACUGUCCUCUUGUUGUGGUAGUUUUUCUUCUUUUAAAUAUAGUCUCCUCCUUUACGGUGUUCAUUCCCUUUAUGUAUUUAAAUGUUUCUAUCAUAUAUCCACUCUCUCUCUUUCCUCCAAGCUAUACAUAAGAUUAUUUAACCUUUCCAUUUAAUUUUUAUCCUGUAACCCAUGAACCAGUUUAGUAGCCCUUCUCUGAACUCUCACUAAAGUAUCCAUAUCCUUCUGGAUAUACAGUCUCCAGUACCAUACUCCAAGCGAGGUCUCACCAGCGUUCUGUACAAUGACAUGAGCACUUUCCUCUUUCUACUGCUAAUACCUCUCCCUAUACAACCAAGCAUUCUGCUAGCAUUUCCUGCUGCUCUAUUACAUUGUCUGCCUACCUUUUGUCAUCUGAAAUAAUUGCCCCUCAAUACCUUUCCUCAGAUGUUGAGGUUAGGACUCUCAAAUAUUCUGUACUCUGCCCUUGGGCUUUUAAGUCCAAGAUGCAUUAUCUUGCACUUAUCCACAUUAAAUGUCAGUUGCCACAACUCUGACCAUUUUUUCUUGUUUACCUGAAUCAAUUGCCAUUUGGCUUAUCCCUCCUGGAACAUCAAUCCUGUUACGUAUCUUAGUAUCAUCAGCAAAAAGACAUACCUUCCCAUCAAGACCUUCUGCAAUAUAACCAAUAAAAAUAUUAAAGAGAAUGGGUCCAAGUACAGAUCCCUGAGGUACCCCACUGGUGACAAGCCCAAGCUUUGAAUAUACUCCAUUGACUACAACCCUCUGUUGCCGGUCACUCAGCCACCGCCUUACCCAUUCAACAAUAUUGGUAUCUAAAGUUAAAGAUUGCAGUUUAUUGAUGAGCCUUUUAUGUGGAACAGUGUCAAAAAGCCUUACUGAAAUCUAGGUAAGCAAAUAUCUACUGCACCACUCUGAUCUAUUAUUUGUUACCCAAUCAAAAAAAAUCAAUAAGUUAGGCAUGACCUCCCUGAAGUAAACCAAUGUUGUCUCUGAUCUUGAAAUCCAUGUGUUUUUAGAUGUUCAACAAUCCUAUCCUUUAACAUGGUUUCCAUUACUUUCCUCACUACUGAAGUAAGGCUUACUGGCAUAUAGUUGCCAGACUCCUCCCUACUACCUUUCUUGUAAAUGGGCACAACAUUCGCUAACUUCCAAUCUUCUAAGACUUCUCCUGUUAACAAUGAUUGUCACUCUUUGCUUCCUCUUGUUGAUAGUCUGGUCUGUUUCUAUAUUUUCUGCAUUUGUCAAUAUGUAUUUAGUACUAAAGUUGUUGCGUUUUUCUAGGUUGGGGUGAAACAUGGGUGAGCACACAAGCUCCUGCUGUAGAUAAUGGUACUGCGGCAUGGGGGAAACCAGUCGAAAGUAACAGUGGUUGGGGAAACCAAAACAGCGAAGCAUCUGGAUGGGGCCACACUCAGCAGGCUCCGGGCAAACCUGGUAUGUUCUCCAGCCCUUGCUGUAUUUUAAAUGUUUUACACUAGAAUGUAUUUCUCUGCCAGAAUUAUUUGAAUUAAAGGGGCUGAUACACUAGUCUGUCUGAAUUAAAACAAAAUAAAAAAUCUAUUAAAAUUUUCCAUAUGAGUACAGAAAACGUUCUUACUAGCAGUAUAUUGUUGGAAAUAGCCAAGUGUAUUCUCAACAAAAUGUUUGCAACGUUUAAUUUAAUCCCAGACGGAGUACAGUUCUCUGUACAUCAUUCUCUGCUAUAAAACGAUAGUACAUCUUGCUAUAGUAUAUGUAUUGCCUGGGGAAUCCCAGUGCAAGAGAUAUUCCCAGUAAGUGAGCAGAUUGGCAAGGCACCAAAAACAGACACUUUCCUCGUGGUCUCCAGCAUUUUCCCAUUGCAGAGUCUACUCUCUCUAGCCUUUUUGUGAUUUUGUCUCAUUAUGAUCUAUUUACUGUACAUUUUCAUCUCAUAGCAUUUCAGCCUGUUGUCUACCAUGCCUAUCCUUUUAGCACUUUCCCUGCUUUCUGGACCCACAAUAGAUCUUUUUUUUUUUUUUUCAUAUUGGUUUAUUUAUCUUAUAUUCUUUCACCUCUCCCUGGUCUGUCUGUAGUGUUUCUCUUAUACCUAUAUCUCCCAAAUAUUUGCUUUUUUUUUUUCUUGUUUGUUGCUUUCUUCCGUUGUCCUAUUAUGUUGUGUAGUCCUCCUGUGUUUUUCUGUCCCUUUUUUUUUUUUCCGUUCUCAUUGCCUGUUUAUCUCCCCGAUCAUGAUGGUCACAAUACUGACCUUUCACAAAUGAUUAAUUUUCAGGCUGUGAGCAGGAAUAUCACUGGUUUACUAGGCAGCACAAGUUCUGUACAUUUAUUUUUUUGUUAUAUUCAAGCAACUGCUAUCAUAAUAAACUGAAUAAUAUUACAGUGCUUUGCUGCCAUGCGCGCACACCUCAGGAUUCUUCACAAGUCACUAAUUAGCCCUUCAUAGUGUGAAAUAAGAUUGGAGCAUUUAUAACCAUGGUUUUACUAAACUAUAUUCCUCUGCUUUACCUGGUGUUAGAAUGUGGUCUUCUGCCUCUUACACGUUUCACCCUGUUUUCAAACAAGGUCCAAAAUCUAUGCAAGAUGGUAGCUGGGGCAGGGAUGACAUGGCUUGUGCUACUGGCCGACAGAGCAACUGGGAGGAGGAAGAGCUUGAGAUAGGAAUGUGGAACAACAAUACAUCGCAGGAAAACAACUGGUCGCCCUAUAUGAAGAAAAUGCCUACAAAGGUAAUUUUGUGGUUGUAGUUGUUGGGAAGCUGCAGCAGAGAGGUAAAGGCACCAGUUAUAUUUAGCUUGUAAAUAUGGUUACUCAACAAGUAAAAUUGUACUGUUUGCUUACCUUGUUCUCUGCCUCUACUUGUUCAUUAUGACUUGUGUUAAAGCAGGAAACAAAUUGAGCAGGCAAAAGAUUUCAUAGGAUAAAAUAGAUAGUGGUAAAUCCUCAAGUUGACCAAACUUGACACAAAGUAUAGCUACCGCUAUCAAGUUUUGUUACUUUCCCAACUCAUCACUAGCAACAGCUUUGGCAAUAAGGCAUUAUCUUAACUGUGGGAUCCUCCAUAGACAUCAGUGUUGUAGUCUCUUGCAUGUGUGAGAGUGCAGUACUGACUUGGGCUCCUGGCGGAUGAAGUUCCAGGAGCUUAAGACUGAUGGCGGCAUCUGUGAGAGAUGACAUCAGGUAAGUAUAACUCACCACUAUACACAGUGGCAAUAUUAAUUUGGGGAAGGGGAAGCAAAAAUGCAAAGUCAGCAGAAGGUGACAGAGCCCCUUUAACACUUUGCCAGCUGGGUGAACUGUGCAAUGCAAAGUGACAUUUGCCUCACCACUUAACAUUUUUCUCUCUUUCUUUAUACAGGGAAUGAUGAAAAAUACAAAUAAGCAAGAGGAAAACUGGAUGAAUCCGAUGUUAAAACAAUUCAACAACAUGGGAUUUACAGUGAGUGGUUUUUUUCCUUCCUACUAUGCUGCCAAGUGUAAUUAAAAUGUCUUCAGACAAUGGAAUAACAAUGUCUGUCUGUGGUUGCAGAGGGAGUCUCAAGAGGACUCGAUGCAGAGCAAUAAGAUGGAUAUGUCUGGAGGUACGUUUCAUGGCAGGAGAGCUGUGGCUUUUUUUUCCUGUUACAAUUAUUUAUAUAGUGCCAACAUAUUCCACAAUGCUGUACAAUUGGUAAGCGAGGGCAGUCUAUUAUGACAAAAAGUUUGACGUAUUGGAACAUUAGGUGAAGAGGGCCUUGCGCAAAUGAAAUUGCACUUUAAAUAUUUGCUGAUAUACAUUACUGUGUAACCUUCCUAUAUGCUGACCAUCGGUCCAGUUAAAGGGACUUACCUUGGCCUCCGCUCACCCACCAGUAUCACAUUAGUGAGGUCUGCUCAUGCCCCCCCUCUGACAAUCAUGGAUUUUCUCUGCUUGAGGACUCUCCCCCAAGCAAGACAAACCUCCUCAGUGAUGCUGACACGUUGGCUUCAUUGCCAGUGUUCCAGAGCUUGAACAGAGUGAUGUCAUACCAUUCUGUUCCAAUAUCCCCAACCCAGCAUUGGUCUCUUCUGCUCUUCCUGUCACUCAGUUCCUUGGUUUUGAAUGCCUACCGAGGAAUUGAGACACAAAUGCUUGAAAAACCUAUUUUAAUUGUUUUUUGCCCAAUCUAGAAAUUUGCUAGCAAAAUUGCUGGCACAAUGUGUAGAUAGAAUUUUAAGCUCUUUUUAAAGAGCUAAAAUAGUGAUUUUAAUGUAAUUACUGCAUUUUACUAGUUUAGUGCUGCACAGUGUGCAAGGGGGGCAGCGGCCAGCUAAACAUCGAUUUCUGCACUAUACCUUUAAGCAAAAGGAACCUUCAAACGUGACGUAAAUAAAUGGGUGGGAGCCAGCGAUUGCUGUGUGCGAGUGCUGCAAUAGUGUGUAAAAAAUAAAUAAAAUUAAAAAUUAAAGAAGGGUAGUGUAGCCACAGUGUGACUAUAACUAGAAUGGAGAUUAUAUUUUCUCCAAAUCUGCUCUUGUGGUUUUUUGGUUUGUGUAGUCAAAUUUGUUACUGCAGCUGUACAAGUGAAUGGGCUGGUGUAUCAUACAGUAAUUUUACUCUUUAUUCCAUGCACAGGAAUGCUGCCAGACAAGAGGAUGGAUAUGGAUAAACCUGGCCAUGGUGUCGGGGAUUACAGUCGUGUGGUUGGCAAAGGCCCAGGACCCCGACACUAUUCCAAAGAGUCUUCCGUGGAUCACAAUCCUUACUUUGAUAAGGUGCGUUCAGCCUUCCAUAUCUGUUACUUGACGUCCACUCUGAACACAAUGCAUGUCACCCAAUGUGAAGCUUAGUUACGUGUUUCCAGAAGAGCGGGAGUAAAUGUAUAUUGAUGUUAUAAUAGCACAAUUGAUUCACAUGCCUUGAUUUUGUUUCUUUUUUUAAAAUUAAACAUAGCUGGCAUGGCCCAAAGGUUGCCCUUGCCCCAGCUGUUUUGGAAUUGUAACUCUGUAGAGCUAAGGGAUCAGACUUGUUCUUUUAAAACAGCCAGAGGGAAUACCUUUUUCCAACUCCAAUUUAAAGGGACAUCAUGGAUAGGUUGUACUAAAUAAGAUAGAGAUAUAGAAUUCUGGCAACUGGUCAAUAACUGGUCUGCGUCGGUGCACUGAAUAAUGACAUGUGUGUGUAAUUAAACAUGUGUGUAAAUUGUGUGGAAUUGUGUGUGUGUGUGUGUGUGUAAAUUAAAUUUUGUGUGUAAAAUUGUGUGUGUGUAAAUUGUGUGUGUAAUUGAAAAUUGUGUGUGUGUGUAAUUGUCUGUGUGUGUGUAAAAUUUGUGUGUGUGUGUGUGUGUGUGUGUGUGUGUGUGUGUGUAAAAUUAUGUGUGUGUGUGUGUGUGUGUAAAUUGUGUGUGUGUGUGUGUGUGUGUGUGUGUGUGUAAUCUGUGUGUGUGUGUGUGUAAAAUUGUGUGUGUAAAUUGUGUGUGUGUGUGUGUGUGUGUGUGUGUGUGUGUGUGUGUGUGUGUGUGGGCCCUAUGUGUGUGGGGUCUUAGUGUGUGUGUGUGUGUGUGCAGGGGGGUCUAGUGUGUGUGUGUGUGUGCAGGGCGUGCAUAGAGGAGAAUUAUUGUGGGUCUGUGGGGUUUGAGGGUGGAUUAAUAAAUAUAUCAUUUAAAAAAAAAAAAAAGAUAAAUUUGAUAUCCCACUCCCAGCUUGCCUUUGCCUGGGAGGGGGGACAGUGCAAGGCAUUUUUCCCAUAACUAUAUUAACCUGUGAUUUCUCCUGUGCUAUUAACCUGUAUUGAGACAUUAUACUGCUGUGUGGGCACUACUUAUCCUGCUUGAAAGGAACUAUUUUACUCUGUCUCAUAGCAGCUUCCCCAUCUCACUGUUAAACAUAUGGUCUGUGGUAUUCAAAGCAUUUGAUGUCUUCACUACUGAGUUAUACCUUUCCAGAUACAAUCAUGUUAUAAUAGUGUGUUGUAGGGGUUAGUAGAAAAAGGAAUUUAAUUCAACAGUCCAACUACCAUGGUGCUAGGAAUAGUAUGGCCCUGUCCAAUGGUAAGUUGUAGAAUCAUUUUAGUACAAUUUGACACAUUGCCUAGAUCCAGCCAGGUCCCUGUGGCUGCAUUACUGCCGGAGAAUAUGGAUUGCUCUACAGAGCAAAACGGGGCCAUGCUGGACUGCACUUACUGUCUGACAGCAGCAGGUGAGCUCUGGCUGGCUCUUCCAGCAGUAGAAGAUAGGACAUGCUAUAGGCGCCCAGGUAAGUGUUCAAACCGCACUAAAAGGGCUUGACUGCUUGCCUUGGAUGACACCAGGGCACUGCUAGUACCAUAAUCACUAUUGCAUGUUUUAUUUGUUACAUUGCAUGGACUGUUCUUUUAAGGUCUUUGAGCUCCUUCUUAAGUAUACCCAGUUCUAGUAGUGAAGAGGUUAAUCUCUGCUUUGCGCACUGCUCUAACUUGUUGUUCUCUGCUUCUUUUUCUGCUUUCAUCACGUUGAAUCCUUUUGUGUGUCUGCUUCGGGAUAUCUGGCUUCCUUCCUCACUGUCUUCCUUCAUUUUGGGUUCUGGCAUUGGUCUCCCACUUUAUCCCCUCCACCAGGAUGGCACUGUAGCAGAAGAGCAGCAAAGCAUGCAGUAUAUAUCCAAUCAGAACAUGAAGCUUCCCCCUUUAAAUAGUGCACUACCUACUCAAUCCCCUGGCUCUUUCACAGGACUGGGAAUGCCAAAUGCCAAUUCUGUGAGACAGGUGAGUCUGUUGGGAAUCCAUCUCUGCACAUUUUUUUAGGGUGCAUCAGUAUAAGCCUCACCUCUAUUUACUGCAUGCAUAAAGUACAUGAACCUCCAUUCCACACAAAGUGGGACUAGCCCUGCCUUGUCAUCUCUUAUGGGCAUUCGUGUUUAACUACACUGAGGUGGAGAUGACUCUCCCCAAACAACCAGCCAUUUGUCAUCAACACUGUGCUGUUUCAAUAUAAAGGGAGUGUGUUAAAUCAUUAUGAUGCAGGGUGGCUAGCAAGAUAUGGUACCCCAAUAAUGCCACCUUAUUCUAGGUUCUUGUCUUGUUCCGCAAAUGGUGAGACAGCUGACCAGCUAAUCUCUUCAUAAACUGCAUCUUCCAUUGGACUCCCACUGCCUAAAGUGCUUGUGGUUGCUGAGAAUCAAGGGAAUUGUAGUUAAUCGUUCUGCUUCUAUGCUAUACAUUAUUUGCUAUUCUUGCACUGUCAGGUUGUUUAAAACAUACUGCAUUAUUUCCCACAAUUCAUGAGCCUGUGAAAGAGCAAGUUUUAUUAUUUUAGAAAACAUUUUUAAUUUAACCCUUUAAGAGUGACCGGGUUGUAGCAUGCCUUCAUCAGCUCGCUACCACUCAUUGGGUUAUUGAAUUCUUUUUGGCUUGUGUGCCUAAAGCCAUUAAAACUGUGGGAGGAGUCCUGCACCAGUUUGGUUGCAAAUAGUCAGUUGCACCUCUCUCUCCCCCCACAGAAUGGCAAUCCUAACAUGUUCGGUGUUGGCAAUGCAGCACAAGCCAGGGGCUUGCAUCAGCCUUCAGCACAAGCUCUCAACUCAUCUCAGCCUAAUCUCCGUGCACAAGUGCCUCCUUCUAUAAUACCCCCUCAGGUAGGUUUGUGUAAAGCUGCCUCCAUUUAUAUGUGUGUUUUAUUUAUAUAAACUACAGAUGUAGUCAGGCUUAUGUUUUGACCACAGAACAGAGGGGGAGGCACAUUCAAUGCGAUGAUAUAUCAACCUUAUUCCAAGAGGGUCUGAAGGUUUUAGUUUGUUACUGGUCCCUGUCCAAUAGAACUUAUAUUCUGCAUUAAGAAAUGGUGUAAAAACGCAUUCCAAUAUGUUGGCUAAAGGCAGACAUGCUGUGUUUGUGUUUACACUAGUUUUGCCAAACACUCGAUGACAUUGCAAAGUGGCUGUUUUUAUGGGGGUUUUUUUUUUCUGUAGGCAAUGUUAGUUCCACAUCCUCAAAACUGUGUAUAUUAGCUUGUUUUGGUUUUUAAUUUGAAACAAGACAAGUGUAGUGGUAACCUCCCUUUGACUAUUAUUCUUACCGAAGCGAACUCCAAAAUGGAUAGUGAUGCUUGCAUAGCAGACCCAAAGUACACAUUUUUACAGAAACUGUUUUAGUUCAGCCGUUUUCAAGCGCAUGAUGUAUGCUGUUAAUCAUGUUUGUUUUUCUUUUAACUUGAGCAAUUAUUUUUACUUUGGGCCAUUUAAAGCUGUACUCGGGUUGUUUUACCUCAGUCAAGACAUUUUUAUAUAUAUAUGCUUUCCCAUAUGUAGAUGUAAUUUUAUUGAAUGGCCUUUUGAGUAGAGUGUUUUUAGUAUUUUAAAUUGUUGAACUACAUUGUGUUGUCGGUGAUAGUUGUUCUCAAAAUGCUUUGAACCUAUUGCAAGGUUUGGAAGACCGAAUACAGUAUAAUUAAAGUGACCAGUUAAACUGUUUUUCGGUCAGGCUUUUGGGGGUUUGUAAUCUGCACAUAGUGUUCUAACAUGUGCUAAUAAUGUGUCCUAUUUUUAGAUGUACCAUUAGAAUAUGUUGUGUUACUUUUUUACCAAAUCAGUAUAUAUGUUACGAGUAGGUGAUGCCUGUUUAAUAUUACUCACCUUGCUUCCAUGUGCUUUCUAGCUAUUUACAUUUUUUGGUGGGCCUCAUCAAUUGCACAAUUAAUCUCCCAGAAAAUUAUUUUAUUGGCCAACCAAUCAUAAAAUGUUGUCAGAAAUUCACGAGACUCUCCUUAUUGGCUGUGUUUAUCGUGGGAAUGCACCCUAGAAGCUAACUGUUUUAUUUUAACAUGCCCUCAGAAUUCAUUAGACUGUUACGAUUGUAUUUUAGUGGUCUUUCUAAAUUGUUUGGUCUAAUCACUUUAUUGCAGCUUCCUAUAUCCCAUACAAAAUUUGAGGUUUACAUAUUUAAUUUAUUUUAAAUUUGCUUUCCAUGACACCACAAACCAAAUAAAUCUUGGAAUAUCAAUUGUCGAUCUUUGGACAGAAUUCAUUGGCUAAAGAGUCAGCGGAUAUUCAUAGCCAAUGAAUUCCAUCCAUAAUUGUAUAAUAGUCUUAAUGCUAAUGUGGAAUGGGAGUUUUUGCUUCAGUGACAUUUGUAAAGAGGGUCCAGAAUUUUGGUGUCGUUUGUAGGUGUUUUGACUGUAAAAGGGAUAUUUUGAGCACCAUAACCACUACAACAUGCAGUUGCAGUUAUAGUGCAAGCAGCCCCUGGUGCCUAAGCAUGGCCGAGUGAAACGGUUUUGGAUUGUUUUUACACUUUGUCUCCAGACACCCCUAGAUUGAUAUCACUUCACAGAAAUCACUAAAGCAAAAUAUCCCACCUGUACUCUCAUAUCUAUAUAGCAAACAGAUUCUUUCCAAAGACGGUCAGUUCAUAUCACUAAUGAUUACAUUCUUUCUAAUGCUCUCUGCUAAUGAAAUCUGUCCUGAGACAGCUGUAAUUGAUAUUGUUUAUGCGGAGGCACUUCCACUUUAGCAAUAUCUGUGAAUAGAAGCUGUAGCACAGCUUCCUGGUUAACCCGGGAAGAUGUAUUGAAAAACAGUAUAAGUGUUAGUGAUUAUGGUGCUUGGCGUACCCCUUUAAUUUUUAUUUGUGUUCUUCACUAAACAUUAAACUUCAUAUAACAAAAAAGAACACACGCUGUAUAAACUUUCCUAUGCUGCCAUUUUUGGCAGACCUUAUUGCAUUUCACAAUGCUUAGCUGUUUAAUUUUAAAUUCCCAGACUAAAAUAAUGAACCAUUUUCACUGGUUACUGCUACCCACAAGUGAUAUUUAGCGUUCUCCUGUGUGUCCACAGAGAUCCUUGUUCUGUUUAGUACAGAAAGGAUAUUUUCUUACUUUGUCAUUCAUCUGUAUUUUUGAUCACAGGGUUAUGCCUUAAAAUGCUCAUUGGCUACAAUUUUAAACAUAAUUUUAUGUUUGGGAUUGUACUGCAGGUUGGUGCUCAUUCUUUCAGUAUAUUGGAGCUUUUAUACCUUAUCAGUGUAAAGAAUACAGUACACCGUCCUCCUGCCGCAAGUGCAUUAGACCCUCCCCAUAGGAAAGCAUUGCUCCAAUAAUUUCCUAUGCGGUUUUCUCUGAUGCUGGAUGUCCUCAUGCAGAGCGUCAGGACGUCCAGUAUCAGGCGACCAAAAGUCACCAAGCAAGCAGGAAGAGCCUCUAGUGGCUGUCUUAGUCCAGCAAAGUAAUCAUUCUAUUUUCUCAAAAAUGUAAAUGAUUUGCAUUGCAAAACUAAGGGGGACAGGGACAUUGCACCCAGACCACCUUCAAUGAGCUGAAGUGGUCUGGGUGCCUAUAGUGUCCCUUUAAAAUAUUUUCAUAUCCUUGAAACGGGAUCACUCAUUUUUUGUAUUGCGUCUUUUGAUGUUUGCUGGGAAAUGUAAUCUAUGAAUAAUACAAUGCCAAAGAUCAUCAAGAAGUUCUAUAAACCUGUUCCAAUAUAAUUUUCCUACUUUUUUCUCCCAGGUUCCGCCUUCCCUUUUGAAGUAUCCGCCAAACAGUAACAACCUAAACCCCAUUCUUGGGCCUCAGCAAGUUGCCAUGUUGAACCAGCUCUCCCAAUUAAACCAGCUAUCCCAGAUACAUGUAAGUUGAAGGAAUGUUGGCUUGACGGCAUACUUUAUGUUGGAGAAUGUGUUUUGUUUGAUUGGAUUGUUCCUCUAUGAAGAUUUUCUUUUAAAAGCCUUUCCCUUUACUUAUUUGUUUACAGAUACUAUAAGCACCAAAACAACUGAAGCUUAAUGAAGCAGUUUUGGUGUAUUGAUCAUGUCUGUGCAGGUUCACUGCUCAAUUCCCUGCCAUUUAGGAGUUAAAUCCCUUUUUUUUUUUUUUAAAUAGUCUCAUCUGCAUCUGAAUUGCACAGCUUUCCUUAACACUUCCUGUAAAGAGAAAUCUAAUGUUAAACAGUGAUUUAACUCCAAAAUGGCAGAUAAUUGAGUAGUAAGACUGCAUGGGGCAUGAUCUGUACACCAAAACUGCUUCAUUAAACAAAAAUUGUUUUGGUGUCUAUUAUGCACCUUUAACAUAUUUCAGUAGGUUUUUAGAAUGGAUUGAAUUUUGUGUGUUUUACAUAGACAUUGUUACAAAGCUGAAAAUAGACUUGUGUCCAUCAAGUUCAGCCUUCCUCACAUGUUUUUGCUGUUGAUCCAAAAGAAGGCAAAAAACCCAGUCUGAAGCGCUUCCAAUUUUGCAACAAACAAGAAAAGAAAAUUCCUUCUUGAUCCCAAAAUAGCAGUCAGAUGUCUCCUUGGAUCAAGCAGCUACUACCCCACUAAUUAGAAAUGAUAUCCCUGUAUGUUAUGUUUUUGCAAGUAUUUAUCCAAUUGCAGUUUUAACAUCUGUAUGGACUCUGAUAAAAACCACCUCUUCUGGCAGAGAAUUAGAUAUCCUUAUUGCUCUUACUGUAAAAAAAGACCUUUUCUUUGCCUUAGAUAAAAUCUCCUUUCUUCCAGCCUAAAUGUGUGACCUUGUGCCCUAUGUAUAGCCCUGUUUGUGAAUAGAUUUCCAGAUAAUGGUUUGUACUAGCCCCGAAUAAUGUUAUUUGUAUAAUGUUAUCAUAUCCCCUUCCGAUCCCAGGAGACAUCUGACUGCCGUUUUUCCAAAUUAAAGAGAUUUAAAUUGUUUUAACAUUCCUUAUAUCAAUUUUGUAGCUCGUCUCUGCACUUGAUAUCCUUUCUUUAGAAUAGGUGCACAGCAUAUUCAAGGUGUGGUCUUACCAGCGAUUUAUAAAGAAGCAAAAUUCUAUUUUCAUCUCAAGAAUUUAUGCCCCUAUUUAUACAUGACAAAACCUUACUGGUCUUAGCAACUGCAGAUUGACAUUGCAUAUUGCUGCCUAAUUUAUCUAUAACAAUUCCCAAAUCCUUCUCGUGUGUUGUUAUCCCUAAUUCACUACCAUUUAGGGUGUAAAUUGCUUGUGCGUUCCUGACCCCGAAGUGCAUAACUUUGCAUUUCUCUACGUUAAAUUUCAUCUGCCAUUUUAGUGCCCAGUCCCCCAAUCUAUCCAAAUCCCUCUGCAGCAAAGCAAUAUCCUGCUCACAUUUUAUUACUUUACAAAGUUUGGUGUCAUCUGCAAACACUGAUACAUGGCUUUCAAUGCCCAUUUCGAGAUCAUUUAUAAAUGUUAAAUAGAAGCGGUCCCAAAACAGAACCCCGAGGGACACCACGUACCACUUUUGUCCAGCCUAAGAAAUGUAUCAUUAAUGACAACAGUUCAGUGUUUUAAAAGUUAGGGCAUAAUAAUUGCAAAAUUUAGCAGCUGCAUUGAAUGGUUAAAAGUAAUGCUCUCUUAUAUGUCACUGUAACAUUCUUUUCCUCACAGCGCCUGUUGGCUCAACAGCAGAAGGUGCAGAAUCAUAGAGGAAUGUCCUCCGGAGGUCGUCAGCAGCAAGAACAGGUAUGCAGCUCUUUUCUACGGUCAUCUGCAUAAUCCAUCACAUUCAAUCAAUUUAUAUAGCAGAGAGAAAGCAGACAAUUUACCUCUUUAUUUUAAAUGUGUUUUUUUUUAAUAUACACUUUUCUGUUAAGUGCUCCCUUUUAAUGCUUGCAGCACUGACCGCCUGGAAAUUUACUGUAUGUGUCCUGUAAUUAAAUGGUUAAGAUGGGGGGAGGGAAAAAAAGAUAGUUGGUUGCACAAAGAGGUUUAUCGCCUCUGUGAAUCCUGUAUAUGUCCCAAUAAAAUGCUUUGAUAAAUUGUAUUGAUGAGCAUGUGCACACUGUUUCCAGGCCCGGUCAUUUGGUAUGCAACAACAGCAGGCACGUCAGCUGGAGCCAAAUCUUCUGAUGAAACAAGCUAUGCCACAGUCUCAGCAGAGCAUGCACCACCAGCCUCCAAUGAAGUCGUAUGUGGAGAACAUGUUGCCCCGCUCUGCCCCAGACAUACCAAAAGUACCUUCACCAAUCAAUGCGUAUAACAGUUUUGGAUUAGGUAAGUACUGGGGUGUCUAAUUCAUUCUGGUAUAAAAACAAUAUUCCAGUCUUUUUUUCUUCGUGGCGUAUAAGUGGGACCCAUAUAUGUUGAUCAGACAAAAAUAAAAGCAUGCAUCACCAAACAAUUUGACCCAUUUAAAUUUUGUUUGAUUUACUGUUUUUUUGAUAUUCCACCUGAAGGGGGCAUUGUUUCCUAUUCAGUGAGAGGUCAAAAACAUUGAUAGUGACCUAAUUAUACCUGAUAUUUAAAGUUGUUUUGUUUAACUGAGCAGGAAUAAUCCUGUCUCGAAGUGUAGUUAAAUUGGUGGUGUUUCACUGUUAUUAAUGAAGCCCAAAGAAAUGAUAAACAUAUACAGUAAACAAUUCUGCGGACUAGCUGCAUUUGGAGUAUAAAAACUCCCAAUAAAAUACAGAAAGAAAAAAAAAACAGCCAGUAAACCGUUAGGGAAAGAAAGUUUACUCUCUCUUCCUUUGCAGUUAAGGCCAAUAGCGUUCUGUAUUGAGGGUGUUCUAGUUGUAAAAAUGUUUGGGGAAAAGAGGACCUACAUGAUCCAGUCUGAUGUUACUGCCCUGUAGUAAUUGUCUGUCAUCUGACCUUAGGCUUAAACCCCAACCUGGGUGUAAAUAUGGAUCUUGGAGGGAUGAAGGAGCCUGAGUCACGACUGAGGAAGUGGACAACCGUUGACAGCAUGUCGUCUAACUCAUCCCUGGAUCAUAAUUCCAGUAAACAUGGUAAGAUGCUUCUUGCGGGUCAAAAACACAUUUCAAAACCAUUAGCCUAUUGGAAACACAGUUAAUUAUGUCACAUCCUUUUCUGUUAAGCACAGGGCCACAAUUCUUGUCUUCCCACACCAAUUGUGUGCAUUUCUUUACAUCCUAAAUUUAUGGUUAGGGGGUUCCCAAUGAACCCUUUGACAUAGUGUAUCAACAUUGUGGAAGCCCCGGGAUAGGGGGGAGAGAAGAGAAACAAAUGGCGCCAUUAUUUUGUAAGUGUCGGUGUGUAUUUCUGUGUUUGUAUAUGUAUAUCUGACACACAGCUAUACACACACCUUGACACACAAUAUGUACCUCUCUAUGUGUGUAUAUGUAUCUGUGUGUCAAGGUGUGUAUCUGUUUGUAUAUAUGUGUAUGAAUCUGACACAUACACACACACACACCUUGACACACAGUGUGUACGUAUGUGUGUAUCUGCCAGUGUGUAUGAAUCUGAUGCACACACACACGGGGCACAUAUAUGCAAACACCUUGACACACCAUGUGGGUAUGGAUGUAUUGAUCUGUGUGUCAAGGUGUGUAUCUGUGUUUGUAUGUGCCAGUGUGUAUGAAUCGGACACACAGAUAUACACACACAGAUGUGCACACGGACACUGAAACAAACACCUUGACACACAGUGUGCAUCUGUGUGAGUGUGUGUCUGUGUGUGUAUAUACCUGACACACAGGCGCACACACACACAGGCACAUAGUGGCGCGCACACACACCUUGACACACAGAUAUACACACUGGCACAUACACACACUGAUAACCACUGACACAUACACACACACACUUCCUGAGUGGUGGGCGGCAAGGGAGCAGUGAUCACCCUGCUCAGCUCCUUCGCACGCCUCUUACUGAUGCCGGAGUGACGUCCUAUUCCGGCUCCAGCAUUACUGCUGUGAGCGCGAGGGAGUUGGGCAGGGAGAUUACUGCUCCCUCACUGCCUGCGGCCAUUUUAUUUUUUAGAAUUUUGGUGGAACCCCACUUACUCAUACUGUUUACUUCUAUUAAAUAUCCUUGCUUUUUACUCUUGCCAUGUACAGCAGAAUCUCUUCCUCACGUAACACUUCCAACAGCUGUCCACCAUUCUGCUAUCCUCUGCAAUUGUCUGGCUCUCCUGCAUGCAGUUAAACUUCUCUGCUGGUGAUCUAGCCUCAUUGGAGUUCUAGUCCGCAACUGGUGUCACAAGUUGCCAGGCCAGUGUCCUGAUGGCUCACAUUCUAGCCACUGCAAGCAUAAUCUGGAGAACAUCACUGGCACAGAGGAACUGUGCAUGUUUUCUGUUGAGUUUUUCGUGACUCUGUGAUAAAUGUGUAAUAUUUUGCUUCCUUGGUGUAGGUGCUAUUGCAAGUGGUUAUAGGCUUGAAGAUUCUCCUUUUGGAUCUUAUGAUUUCAUGAAUGGCAGUAACUCUCCAUCCAGCCCUCCAGGAUCCAUAGGAGAUGGCUGGCCCAGUGCCAAAUCGCCAAGUGGCUCCAGCAGUGUCAACUGGCCACCUGGUGAGUGACCAUCUCAUCCCAUGAUUUGUCCCAGAAAUGUAGUUACCUGCAUUUUGAGUUGAAGGGACUCUACUGUCUAAAUAAAAAAAUAAAUGAAAAUAGCUGUUUAGUAGAUAUAUACCAUGAAAACAUGCAAUUUGCAAGCACAUCAUUUGUAACCCCGCCCAGACUUUCUGUGGCUGUCCAAUCACAGACUUCCCAAUACAGCUCAAUGAGAAGUCUUUGCAAGGCAGGUGCUCUGGGUAAUUACUGGCCACUGAGCUAAACCGCAAGGGGUUAUCCGGACCGACUGUCUGAUUUACAGCCAGGAGUGUGUAACAAGGUUUAUUUAUAAAAGUGCCAAAUUCUAUACAAAUCUGUAAUUUAAAAAAAAAAAAAAAACUCUUCACACAAGGCACUUCAACAAGAUGAAGUGCUUUAAUGCUCUGGACUGUCCCUUUAAUGUAAUCUAAUAGAAAAAAAUGCACUGUGUGUAGAAGACGAACAAUAAAAAAAAAAAUGUUGAUAAUAAACUUGCUCUACUUGAUUGCCAUAAUGCAAGGCCAAUAUUUAUUGAUGAGUAUUGAUAUUGGAUGAUAAAAUCCAACCGUUCUUUAUUCAUGUCUUAAUUUUUCCCAAAUACCAGUUUGAUCGUCCAUGAUUUGCAGUGCAUGAAAAUUGAUCCCAUGAAUUUGUAGAAACCCAUACCAUGCUGCAUUAAAAACCAAGCACUGCACUUCCUCUGGGAUCCAUUUUCCGAUUUAUUUUAAUCCAGCAUUUGUGAAUUGUAGUUAAAUGGUGCUGCAUUCCUCCAUCUUUAACCAGUUUGUUCCUUUGCAGAAUUCCGCCCAGGUGAGCCAUGGAAAGGAUACCCUAACAUUGACCCAGAAACUGAUCCUUACGUCACUCCUGGCAGUGUCAUCAAUAACCUCUCAAUUAAUACUGUGCGGGGUGUGGACCACCUCAGGGACAGAAACAAUGGUAUGUAUCUCUCUUCUUCCUCACAUGUAGUCCUCAUUCUAGCUUCACCUAUGUCACAGCAAAGGGCAGCGGGGUGAGCAAUACCGAUUACUCUCUUUUCCUCUCUUCUAAGGGUCAUCCUCAUCUCUGAACACCACGCUGCCUUCAACUAGUGCCUGGUCAUCCAUUCGUGCCUCUCACAGCAGUACAGCACAAAGCACUUCAGGUGUGCAGGAUACAGAGCAGCCUGACUGUUUUAUGAUCCAACAGAGUGCUUUCUGCAAGUCUGUGCAUGUGGACAGGGCUGGACCACUAUCUCAUGCUCCCCUAGCAAUAGGGUCUUCAGUGCCCACUAAUGUAGUGUUAUUGCACCCUUAAACAAAAAUAUAAGAAACCAGGGCACUAGUGUCUGAUUUCGUACUGCAGUUUUGUGUUCGAAUCCACUGAAUGACAUAGAAGCCAGCAUGUGCCUCAUUGGUAAACCUACCAUGAGCUUGGUGCUACUGUACUGGGUGACACAUAAUUUAGCAUAAUUCCCACGUCCGAGUGCUCCCUGAGCUCUGCCAUUAGUUUUAUGGCCAUUAGUUUUAUACCCCCAUAAAGUCCUAAACAAUAAUGAGAAGUGAACAUUUUAAAUCUAUUUGAACAUAUUUAAUCCAGAUUUGUUCUUCUAAUCCGACUUCUGCAUUAUUCCAAGUCUGAGGAGCAUUAUCUCACUGAACUGAAAAUACCUGUUUAAUGACUUUUCUCCUUUUUUGUGUGUUAAUUAGACAUUUGCUUAUUAAGAUUGCAUUUUAUUUUGGAACAUAUUUUCUAAAUAGACCAUAUCUCGAAAUUAUGUAUUUUCUCUUUAACUCUUUUGGUCUCCAUGUGUUAAUUUGCAGUGCUGGGAUAUUUUACAGAUUUUGCAGUAAUUUCUCAAUCAGUUUUCAGAGCUUUAAAAAAAAUAAAAAUUUGGUUUUCUAAUAUUUCUCUAUAUAUUCUAUAAGAGUUCAUACCCAGCUGAACUCUGGGGAAAAUCCAUAAAUUCAUAUUUUAUCUCUUAAUGAUAUAUAUUUAACAACAAUUUUUCCUGCUUGCAGUUCGAAAUAAUGACCCCAAACAAGCUUGGUCUCCCGGUUCCAUUGGAAAUACUUCCCUGGCCCAUGAACUGUGGAAAGUCCCUUUGCCAUCGAAAAACUUCAGUGCUCCGUCCAGGCCUCCCCCAGGGCUGUCCAGUCAGAAACCACCUCCUAUAUCCACCUGGGAAGGCAACUCUCUGCGUCUAGGUGGCGGAUGGGGAAAUUCUGACUCCAGAUACACACCGGGUAAAACUAUUCUCCUAUUUAAUCUUUCCACACAAACCCGUUAUAACAAAAUGGAAAAUAGAUCUUUAAAACCUACCUUAAGAAAUAUGGCAAUUUCCUCAUAGACUCAAAAGGUGUGUUUUUUUUUUUUUUUGGUAAUUCAGAUUAUAAUAUGGAUAUAUAGUAUAUAUAACGCAAAUGAUUCCUAGUUUGUGUGCAAGCCGUUAAGUUGUGUGACAAUGAGAUGAGCAAUGAGGCACCCAGUUUAGAAAUGUUUCCCUUUAGUUUGUGCUUUGUGACAUUGUCAUUUAACCAAAGUGUGUUUGUCUGAGUGAUGUGAUAAAUGAAACGGUGAUAAAUUUACAAUUUUGAAGUCCUAUGCUACUAGUCAGGCCUUAAAGCGGCAUUGUCAUGGCUGCAUAUAGCAGUCACAGUAGGAGCAGAUUAAUUACUAAUAAGUAAUAUUAACUUAGUAUUAGUAAAGUUGGCUGAAAGACCAAUCUUCCAACAGGAAGUGGGUCAAAGCUGGUCAAGCGUAGGAAAAAUACAUAAGACAAAAUAGUCACUACUUUGUCUUCUAUUUUAAAGAAAACUAGAGCAGAUAGUAAGGAAAGAACACCACAUCCUUAGAGAGGAGAGGAAGAGAUUGGGGAAAAGUAAGUUCGGCUUGACAGUGCCGCUUUAAAUGAUUUUUGCCCUUGUAAGUCACAGUAUGCUCAUCAGGGGUGAAUUUCUAUUAAAUGUUCACUUGUCAAUGGCUAGAGGAAAUGUUAAAGGAACACCAUCACGUUAGGAAUACAAAUAUGUAUUCCCAACACUGUAGUGCCCUAGUAACUGCCAGAGUAAAAGGUGAUUUACUUACCUUUUAGCCCUUGCCAUGCCAACCUCUUCCGUGUAACUCCGCCUCGUUGAUAUCAGGCAAUUUAAUGCUUUCCUAUAGGAAGGCCUUGGAAGACGUUUAGAUCUAGAUCUCUUCUGUCAUGGAGCAAUGGGUGUCUUCAGGCGAUAAAGUUUACUAUGUGCCUCAUUCAAUGCUCCAAAGUCUAGUUUGUAAAGAUGCAAAAUCCUGUUCCUCUGUUCUUUGUAAGAUGUAUUUGUCUGCUGAAGAAAUGAGAACAGUAAAUGGAGUUGCAAUUUAACAGACUAGAAGGUCACACUAUCAGAGAGGUUCUGCAAUGUUAUAAUGGUAGUACCCGUGGAGGAGUUCCCCUAAUGUUGUUUUUUUUUAUUUUAAUAUAAAGAGGUGUUUUGAAAUCUUGUUUUGUCAAGUUAUCUUGUUUUGAAUUUUAUAAAAUCUGUGUUGGUCAGGUUCUGCUUGGAGUGAAAAUGGCUCAGGGAGAAUAACUAAUUGGCUAGUUCUGAAAAACCUUACACCUCAGGUAAGUAGGUAUAAGUAUAACCAUAAUGCAUUGUAUUGUUUCCGCCAUUGGGGAGAGGCUCAUGUUGCCUUUUUUUACAGAUUGAUGGCUCUACCUUGCGUACUUUAUGCAUGCAGCAUGGACCUCUGAUUACAUUCCACCUAAACCUGCCAUAUGGUACUGCUCUGGUCCGUUACGGUUCCAAGGAAGAGGUUGUAAAGGCACAAAAGUCUCUGCACAUGUAAGUAACGUCUUCCAUCGUCUUUAUUCACUCUCCCAUUUUUAUUUCAAACUUUUGCCAGUUGCUUUUUAGUGACUUCCAAGCUUCUACUUAUCUAAAAGUAUAUGAUAAUGAGUGUAGAAGUAAUGUAACAACAAAAAAUAAAAACCUGUAAAACCAAUUUGGAUGUGUUCCUGUUGCUUGACAUUCUUCAUUAUGGGCAUGUUUAGGGAGUAGUGAUGUCCCGAACGGUUCGCCGUGGACGGCGAACAUAUGCACUGUUUGGUCUGCCCCCUAUGUCAUCAUUUAGUAAACUUUGACCCUGUACCUCACAGUCAGCAGACACAUUCCAGCCAAUCAGCAGCAGACCCUCCCUCCCACCUCCUGGACAGCAUUCUUAGUGAGCUGUCCAGGAGGUGGGAGGGACUGCUGCUGAUUGGCUGGAAUGUGUCUGCUGACUGUGAGGUACAGGGUCAAAGUUUACUCAAUGAUGACAUAGGGGGCGGACCGAACAGCGCAUAUGUUCGCCGUCCGUGGCGAACUGUUUGGGACAUCACUAUUAGGGAGCAUUGACUAUUUUAAUAGGAUUGCUUGCUAUGUCUUGGAAUAUAUUAACCUACUAAAACUAUUGUCUUGUAGGGAUAUAUUAUUUUAAUUUUUUAUUUAUUAUAAACUGGCAUUACAUUUUCUGUAAAUUAUUAUUUUUUUUGUACAGGUGUGUUUUAGGGAAUACUACUAUCCUUGCCGAAUUUGCCAGUGAAGAGGAAAUAAGUCGUUUCUUUGCACAAGGCCAGUCAAUGACCCCCUCCUCUGGCUGGCAGUCCGUGGGGUCUGGGCACAGCCGGCUAGGAUCCCUAGAUAGUCCACACAGCAUCUCGAACCGCGGAGAUAUCAAUCACUGGAACAGCCCUGGUGCUUCUAGCACGAGUUCUGGAGACCAUCAUGGCACUUCUCUGUGGGCUACCCCAAACUAUUCCACAAGCCUAUGGGGAACCGCAAGCAGUGAGGCUGGUGGUAUGAACAGCCCUUCCCCUGUUGGCGGUUUCCUUCCUGUUGAUCACUUAAGUGGAGAGCCCAUGUAGCACUUCACAUAUGACCUCAGAUUAUUUUAUUUUGUUUUAAAUUUUUUACUUAAACAGCCCAAGGCUGGACUGUUCAUCAAAACGUCUGCAGACUCUGCGGACUGCUCUUCUGCACACUUCCCACUUUUUGUUUUUAGCCCAAAACAUAUCAGUUUGAAAUACUUGAAUCAUGCAAGCCAAUGUUAUAAUGUGAAAAAUAAUUCUAUAUUUACACUUCCACAUUAGUGCUAUUCAUAUUUUAGCUGCAUAAUGAGCUGUGUAUUCAUAUGUGGGUUUUGAAUUCCAGAUUUAAACCUCCUUAUCCCCCAAUACCCUAGAAUGUUUCUUCUGACUAUGUUUGAGCUACAUAACAUUUUGCACUGGAUGGUGCUUCGUACUUUUUGUUCGGAAUUUAUCAGAAGCAGCAGCCCAAGUGUGUAACUGUUUACUCUAAUGUGUACUUAAAAGAGAAACAAAAAUAACUGAAUAAUGCUUGUUCUUUCUAAGAUGCCUUGAUGUACCUACCUUAUUGUGGUAUUCUGAAGUUUUAACUACCUUCCAGUGACCGAGCACAGUUCAGUGACUUGUUGUAGAGCAGUAAGUCACUGAUGUCUCCAACACUGAAAGCUGUUUAGGAGAACUGACGGUUAAAACCUUGUUUUUAAAAAUAAAAGUAUUGCACCAGGUUUUCGUGACUAAACCUUAUAGACUUUAGCUCUACGGUUUUAAUUAAAAAAAAUUAAAAAAAAAUUAAAAAAAUAUAUAUAUCGUUUAAAAAAAAAAAUAUAAAAAGAAAAACACAAAAAAAAAUUUAAAAAGAAGAAAAAAAAUCUAGCGGCCACAGCUGUCAUAUAUACCCUACGUGUGCAAGUGGGGGAGCAGCACUUUCAAACGGCUUUGCAUUUUUUAUUUUCGAGGUGCCAGGUUUGGAGCCUCUUGUUUACAAAAUGUUUGUUUUUCGGUUGGGGGUGGGGGGGGAUUUUUUUUUUUUUCCAAAUGUUUACUCUUCCAUGAGUUUAAGAAAAUAUGAUAAUUCUGGUGAGGAUUUUAUCUCUGGGAGUCAAACAGUGUUGGUUGUGUUCGCUUCCCCUCCCCCUCUUUAUUUUGUGUGAUUUUUUUUUUUUUAUUUUUUUUUUAACUUCUAAAUCAUUGGGGAAAAUAAAGAACAUGGCUCUCAGGAAUAAUGACAUAGGUAACGCUUCCCUUCUCCCCCAUGUAAGAAAAAUAAACUUUUUUAAAAUAUAGACAAAAAAUAAAAAAAAUCACUAGAAAAAUGCAACUCUUGGCACUAACCGUGCUAAUUUUUCUCAAAGACUUAUUCCUCUCUGCCAAAAAAAUCCCUGAGAAAGCUUUCUUAAGCCAAGAUGAGAACAUACCUUUGCUUUCAUGCUGUCUUUUUAGUGAGUAGUUUUGAGAUUUGCAGAAUGCAAUGUAGGGUUGGAUCUUUAUGUUAAGUGGCUCCUCGCCUUGUCUCUGCUUUGUGAUAGUGUUUUUAUUAAUGUUUUUUUGUCCUUUUUUUGAAAUUUUAUUUUAAGAAAGCCGAUUAUUUAGUAACUAUGCACACUUAUGCACAUUGUAACCAAGUACUGGGCUAAACAAUUUACUUGUGUGUUGUACAAAAAGAAACUGUGUUUUUAAAUGUUUAGAAGUUAAUGAUUGCAAAGGAACAAGUUACAUAUUGUUUUGUGUUUGCCAUAAAUGGUAUUAUGCUUGUUUGGUCAAAGAAAAAUGAAAAACUGAACAAGGGGUAAAAUAGUUGUGUAAAUACCAACCUUAACCCUUUCACCUUAUACUCAGGGCUGGAAAUCUACCAGCAGGUACACUUCCACUUAAAAUUGUAACCUCUGCCUUCUUGGGUAGAUUCUUAGUCCAUGCAUUAACAGCUUCUUUCCUGGAAAGAUAGGGAGAUGCUUUUAUAAAUGAAUCGUUUUCUGGCUCCGCUACGUGGGAUUAGGGUUAAGAGUAGUGAUUCCUAUGUGCACUUUGUUUUCGGAGCAGUCCAGCACUAAAACUUCGUUAUAAAGGGGUAAAAUAUGGAGCUGCAGUUUGUAUGGGAACAAAAGUUGCUCAGUGGUUAUUGCAGGGUGUGUUUUACUGUAUUCUUAACUCAUAUGGUGCUGGACCACUCGUAGAAUAUUGCUUAUUGGGAACACUGGUUUAAAAGUCUCCUCUCACUUACUACUUAGCAGAGUCCUUUAUCCAGGUUCCCUGGGCAUGGUGAAAUGGUUAAUGUUUAGCCUCACUCCUGUAGGCCUUGGGGUUUUUUCAUGAAAACAGGAUUUUACCACAAGUUCUAAAUAAAACAGAAAUAAUUUUACAGAAUUGAUAUUUGGGAUAAACAAGCCAGGAUUUGUUUAAGUUGCCUUUUUUUUUUCUUUUUUUUUGCGUGUGUUUUUAUUAUACUUUUUAAGCAUAAUAGAAAAAAAUAACACAAGGUGCAUUAAUUUCUUAUGAAUUCCAUGUUGUAUUCUCAAAUCCUGGCAGAGCUGUAUAUCCCAAGAAUUGAUUUCAAAAGCGCUCUUGGCAUGUUACACCCGCACAUAUUGCCAUUUUCUCAUUGCCUUGAUUCUUUGUGUCAGCCGAUACAAAUCAACUUGUGGCUUUUUAACUGUUUACAAAUAGAAAAAUGAUUGUACAUUUUACAAUUUUUUUUUUUUUUUAAUUUGAUGAAGUUUGAGAUUAGUGAACCAUGUAUUUUCGCUGCUUAGCAUUGGGUAGGUUUUAUUUUCCUGUGAUUUUAUUUAGAAGCUGGUUUUAAUGCAGUCUGAAAAAAAAAUACAAAUAUACUUGGACUGUAUUUAGUGUUGUGAACUGUGUUAAAUAAUCAGAGGAGAAGUGUAAUAUUUUUAAAUGUUGUACAAGGCAAACACUUCAGCGUUUGUUCCUGGUAUAUAAAUAUUAUAGCCUUAGUUUAUUUGGGAUCACCUUAAACAGGAUUCUGCCAGAACAUGAUUCUAAAUACUAUUAUCCUGCACUAAGCUCGUAACUUGAAACUGUACAGGACACAGCCGCUUGGAAAUUACAUUUCUUGAUGUUAACACUUGAGUAUGCUUUUACCGCCUUUAUACCUCAGUUAAAGAACAACCCAGCAAUGACUAAAUAGCAGUUUUGUUGCUUUCCUGUUUGUUUGUCCAGCAGAUUUUGUCCUGCUUUUUUGUAGUGCUUGAGGGCACAACAGUGUUUGUAAUAUGUAGCUAGACAACUCUAGUGUAAAUCUGCCAAUGAGUGAGCUGUGAUCCUCGUUAAGGUAAUCAUUUCAAAUCAGCCUUCUAUAUUUCAAUAAAACUUUAUCUGUAACUUAUUACAAACAGUACUGUAGUGAAUCCUAGGCCUGCUGUUUUUUUGGGUUGUCUUCAAUGGUGUUACUAUGCGAUGUGUCGCAGGACCCUCACAAACAGCAAAAAGGAUUAACGUGUGUGCGCCAGAGAGGCCUACAAUAAUCACAUUUCAGGUCUCUUUGAUUUAAUGGGGCUUGAUCUUGGAAAAAAAUAAUUUAAAAAAAUUAAUAAAAAUAUAUAAAAUAAAAAAAUACCAAAGCUAGCUUUGUGACACUUCCCAGGAGAACGAUUUUAAUCUUUCUCAAUGAUUAGCUGCCCUCCAAACAAAUAAAUUGGAGUGUUUAUUUACAUUAUGUUAUGUUGUGUAUCGUUCAAAUGCUUGAAUGCUUCCUGUUUUAUUUUUGUUUGUUUUAUGACGCUUGUUAUGUAUUAAAUAAAGUAUGGUUGCUCUUAA